ACUAGCCUGGGUAUGAUGGGCAACAUUACCUGAACGAAACAUGGCGGACGGAGAACAAUUUGCUAAGAAGGCAGAAAAUUUAACACCGAAAGAAGAACUUGAGGUUCACAUGGAUGUACAAGAGGGGGGACCUGAACAAGACAGGUAGAAUCGUGAAUGAGAGGCGUUAAAGUUCAUAUUUGUUUUUAAAACUGACUACAUCUUUCUGUUUCAUAAGUCUGACGAUGGCUGAGGCAAAGAAAGCGGAAGGUAAUAAGGAGUACGCUCAGAAGCACUAUGAAGCGGCUGUAAAGCUCUACUCAGAAGCAAUAGGUAGGAUUCUUCUGUGAAAGCAUCUAGAUUCAAUCACAGCUAGAACAUAGUACACAUUACAUGAUCCGAGUUGUACGAAUAAAGGGACAACUGUGCAGGUAGAGUAUGGCAAAUUUUUUAAAAAGCUUAUUGUGCGUACCAAAAUCGUAGUAUUGCUCGCGGCAGCAUUGGACCUAACAAGAGAUUUGCAUCUUACUUCCAGGGGAGUGGCCAUGAACUUUUUUUCACAUCCCCUUCUUACACUUUGCUUUUUGAUCAGUACGGUGAGGUUAUAUACGAAAGGAUGGACUGGUAGUUAGUCUCGCUUGCGUAAGCAGCGAGACUCAUAAUCUGCGAUGCGUUUUCUCCCCGGGGGGUUACUCCCUUAUAUAGGCUAUACAGGUAUGUGCGGCGCCAAAGGGUAUGUUUUUUUUAGCCGUUUUGAUCUGAAGUAGGGUAUCAAUUUGGACCAUUUUGGUCUGAAAUAGGGUAUUAUGGUUUGUGCACUCCAGUCUUGAAUUGGGUACGUUUUUUAGAAGAGGCUACUUCUUCAUCAUUUGGCGAUAAGACCAUUUCCCUUUAAUGUUUAAGCCAACCAUUUACGUGCCGUAACAGCUUGUCACACACUCUGGUCACGCACCGGGCUCCAGGGUUUCAGGUCUGAAAUAAGGUAGGGAAAAUCACAGAUUUUGGUUUGAAAUAGGGUAAGGGUUUUAGGAAGUGUGCCGCACACCCCCACCCAAUUUUUCUGGAAGUACCCCCCCCACCCCCCCGGGUUUUUCGUCUUAUUUUAUCUUACUUAAAAAGACUGUGAUGGUCUUGUGUUGUAAACUUUUAUUGUAUGCAAAUAGUCUUGUGAUGAGAUUGUUUAUUUGUUUCGGCAAUUAUGACUGAAAUGACGUGUCAUGCAAGCCUGAGGAUUUCAUUUCCCAUGGAAAACAAUUUUUUGGUUCUGUGCCCAGAGAUCAUGGGAAACGAUCAGUAACAUUUUGUUUUGGUUCCCUGAAAACUCAUGGGAAGCCAUCCCGUAAAUGUUUUUAAUUUUGCAAAGUCAUAUAUUUUUCCUUGGCCCUGGGUGCCAUAAACCAUUAAAGUAUAAUACUAUUUGGGAAUGAUUCAAGAUGGAACUGAUAGAUGCUAAACAUUUCAGUUUUGCACAUGAGUUGUAAGUAAAGAUUUGACCUACUAGUUAAGUACCUGUGUGAAAAAGUAAAGAAUUUCUGUAAAUGGAUCUCUAAGACUGAAUAUGGCACUGGGAAACUAUUAUUUUUGUUUCUGUUAUUUUAAGACCACGGUAACAACAUGUUUUGUUACUGUGAAAUCCUUGGGCUUGCCAUGUAAAUCACUUACUGUCAAUGAUGUACUUUCUCUAGAAUUGAGGCCCUUGAAUUCUCAUUAAUUUAUACGAGCGUAUAGCCUGUGACCGCAGGCAUAUUUUCGAGUGUCGCUAACAUGUGUACUAAAUCAAUUCAGAAACAAAUAAAAAGUAGCGACAUAGAUAAAGUAGGAAGUAAAUAACUUUUGGCGAGUAAAUCCUGUUUCGUGUAGAAUUAAUCACCUCCUCAUUUCUUGAUCUAAUCUCCAAGCUAGCGAAACUGAAUGCCGCUGUAGGUGUGUUUUUGUUGGGUCAAAAUCUUUUUGUACUCCUUCUUUUCAGUGCACUGAACUGUAAAACAUGACCAUAUUAGGUGGUCUGGGGCAUGGUCACCCAGGAAAAAUUGACGUUUAGAUUGUCUAAAACAGCUGGAAAUGCACCUAAAACUGAAUGUGCAGGACACGUUUUGGCAGUUUUCUUUGUCAAUUGCCAUCAUUGCACAACUAACAUCAUUGUCAAACUUGAUGGAAAUGGCAAUGCAAUUGGUGCUUUAACAAUGAUUGUCUUUAAUACUGAUUUUCCUUUCAUCCCAUGUGACUGUUGAUAUUAUCAGAAAUACCCAUAUAGAGUCUCAAUACUGUUACACAUUUUUAGUUUAAAGUUACAUUUUUGUGACAUCUGCGCUUGCGCAUGUAGUCACUAUUGCCAUCGUGUUAGUUUUCUGAAAGUGAGUAAGUAACAACAGAAUAUACUUUAGAGCCAAUCAGCAUACAAAGAUAUCCAUUUUUUGGAAUCUUUCAUCACGAUGAUGAUUUGUCCAUAGUCCUCAAUGAAAAACAAACUGCUUGGUUGCCUUGCAGCCAGCUUUGAUAGCGAGUGUGGCAAGUGGCGUGUAUUCAAGUGUGAGAAAGUGUUGCCAUGUAACCCAAUGAAAACACUAUGAAAUACAUCAUUUCUCAAGACGCCUAUCUUCACUUCUCAUCUUCAAAAUAAGUCUAGAAACCAUGAUAUUUGUAUAACAGAUUUCUCUGCUUCAAAUCAACUCCUGUGAAAACAUGAGUAUUGUUAACUUGUGUAAUGAAAGUUGAGAGCAGACUUUUGGUUGCAUGCCAGGCAGCAAAGCAGUUUACAGGAUCACGUUUCACCAAGCAACACACAUAGUAAAGAAACAAAAUAUUUUUCAAGUUUUUGAUCUUUAAAAAUUCUAUUUAAAUGAUGUUUCUGUUACUACAAUUUAGCAGCAUCAAAGGGCAAUCAAGAUAUAAAUUUCUGAGGUUCCUCUCAGGUCUUGUGAGUCUUUCCAUGCAAUGUCGCGAAACAUCAAAAGUCUUACUGCAUCCAUGCAUAAGCUCCAAGAUAAAGUAAUGGCUCUGUUGUUACGUUUUUUUCUGCUUAGGCAAAUGUGCCUUAAUACUUCUCUUGUCUUGUGAUUUUUUCAUUCAUCUUUUUAUCAACUUUGGCAUCUUUUCAGGAUUGCAUGUAUGUACAAGUACUUAUGCUCCUAAAUUACUUGAGAAGGUUUGCAGGUGUCCUAGCCAGCAAGCAAGCUUGCUCUUAUGCUAGGUGUAUCCCUGACGUUUUUGCAGAGAUGCCACCUGGAGGGAGUUUGUGCACCAAAGCAAAUCAAGGUGCAAAAUCAAGGCCUUAGAAGGGUACCCUGUGAAUAGAGGUUUCUCUCUUGCAGUUCUCUCUUGCAUGGCUUUUAGCAUUUACAAAGUCAUUCACAUGGCUUGUCGCAUAGUUGGUUAAUUAUUUUGUUUACGCCCUGUGAGAAAUUAUAUAAAACUGACGUAUAAAAACGUAUAAAACUGACCUUGCAGACAAUUAAAGUUCAUCAGAAAUCUUUGGCCUCUGGUCUCAAAGUUUAUUGUUGUAACUAACUUCUGUCAUAAUUGUUCAAGAAAUUAAAAUUACAAAUUAAUGCAGAGAAUGAAACAUUGUCAAUUUUAUCUGAGGAGUGCCGCACAUAUUGUGCAGUACAAAACUAAUUAGUAACAAAACGCCAAGUUGGAUCUGAUGUUUAUACCAGAUCACCUAGAAUGAAUAAUACAGCUUACUGUCUGUGUAUUUCACCUUAAAAGUUUGUGUGUAAGCUUUACCUCUUUUCUGGGAUUUUAGGCUAAAGAAAUCAAGGAUGCAGUUUAGCUAUAAAACAAUCUCUUGUGGCUUAUGACAACUCAAAAUGCAAUAAUCUACUUCAACGGUUUUGAUAUCUGUUUGCAUGCUAGUAACAGCCAUUCAAACAUUUGCAGCAUCCUUUCAAACAGAUUUCAGAGAAUUUUUUUAUGUCCUUUAAUUUCUUAGAUCCAACAGAUAUUUGCUAAAUUCAGAGAAUAGACGAAAAUUGUAGACUGUUCACAGUCCCCUAUUUUUCCGUGUGAUCGUCGAGAUCGAGCGCGUCUUACCAUUAAUGUCGGCCAUCUUGAUUUUUAGAUGUACCGAGGGGGCGGGCGUCGGGGAUUAGUUUUGAUACUCAUCCCCAGGUUAGACUCGGUACGACUGAAAAUCAAGAUGGCUGCCAUUAAUGGUAAGACGCGCUCGACCUCGACGAUCUCACGGAAAAAUAGGGGACUGUGAACAGUCUACGAAAAGUGCAGCUUAAUGGACAAAACUUUAGAAUGUUGAGAAGACUCACAGGAAAAUACUCAUAGGAAAAUACUCCAAUUUAUUGCAUGUCAUCUGGCAUUGUUGGUUUCAUUGGUGAAAUUUAAUCCUGGUGAAUUAUUUUUUUAUCUAGCACAUGACCAAAAGUCUGUUCCAAGAUUUUACAGCACAAAAUAUUUGAAAUGUCAGAAAUUCUGUUUUAUGAACAACAUUAUUUCUAGCUCUUCAUCAAGCCUUGAUUUUCGUGAGUAGCAUAGAAGGUGCGUUUCUCCGUGAUUGUUUUCCACUGUACUUGGUCAUCAAUAGAUGACAAACAAUGAGAGUUCCAUUAAAUGAAAACAUCUUUAAAUCAUUGUUUCCUCCACUUGUUAAUUUUUGUUGGCGAAAACAACAUAAUUUGUACAUGUACAUGUUCAAAUAUUGUGAGUUUUUCAUGACCCUCUGGAAAAAUUAUUCUACAUUUCGGAAAUGUUGGCCUUUUACUCCCCUUCCCUUUGGAAAUUCCACUGACCAUCCAUGGGGGUAGUAUGGAUAUUUUCUGGAAUCACACAUUUAAUAGAAGCGGAAAGUCAUUUACAUAUGGGUGGAACAAAUAUAUCAGGAGCUGAGACAAGUUUAAUGAUAGGUGUUUAUAGUUACACUCAUUUUUGAAGAUUAAGGAAAGUGUUUUAACAUAACAGUGUUCAGUUAAAAUUUAAAGUGGAAAUGUGUUUGCAGUGACUUGCUCUUUAUCUAGACAAAACGUACAGUGUAGGUACUUCAUGUUGUGUCUUACAGGAAAUAGGUUAAAUCAAGUCUGUGAAAUUCAUCAUGAAAAGUACAGGCCCCUGGGUGGAGAUUUAAAGCUACACUUGAUGAUAGUAUCCUUCCCCACCGUUGGGAAAUUACAUUGAUAGGUGGCAGUCUAUAGAUAUUAAAAAACUCUUCACAUUCAGUCAGAAAAAACCGAUGGGUGGAACAUUUGCGAAAAUCACAAUCAAAUUUUCCCGAAGGAUGUCCUUUUUCAAGGAAACCUGGAGAAAGUGAAAUGCUGUGUUUAUGACAUAGCCGCGAUUCAAAAAUUGCCCAAAAUUAUACCAUUUUCAAACCCCUUGGGAAGAGAAGGAGGCGGGUAAGUAAGGCAUCCCAGUUACAAUACUGUUAAGCUGGACCCCAAUACCCCUUUGCCCUUUGUCAGGUGAAUUUGGAAAACUGUGCAUACCUCUGGGAAAUUCCCAGCUACAGAAUAUAUUCAUGUACAUAAGAAUGUGUUGUGUGGAUUUGAAAUGAAUUAGAAAAAGUCAUAAAUUAAAUUAGUUUAUUUCCAUUUUUAUUUUAGAGUUGGCCCCUUCAGUAGCUACAUAUUAUGGAAAUCGCUCAGCAGCUUUCUUGAUGCUGGUAAAUUAUGAUAAAGCUUUGGAAGAUGCACGUGCUGCCAUUAAACUGGAUGACAAUUUUGUGAAGGUUAGUUAGGUGCAUAUUCUGAACCAACAGAUAGUCAAGUCACAAUUGAGGUCACAUCAUAAAAAAAUUAAAAAAUAAAAAAAUAAAAAAAAAACGUUUUGUAGUUUUUUGAGGACCAGCUUUGGCAUAUUAUGCGAGAAAAGUCAUGUGAUAUUGGAAAACAGUAGAUGAACAUAUGUAAAAAUCCCACUAAAGAGCUGCGCAUACAUGUCACUUUGAAUGUGAUGUCAUCAUAUGCAUUGAUAUCUCCUGAUACUUAAGUCAUUAGCUUUUGUUCUGUUAAAUUAUGCUCAAUUCAAAUUUCGGUUUUUCUUUGUUUUGUUGCUAAGAGCUCACAUCAGCUUCCCUUUAACUCAGCUUUGAGGAAUUGAUAUGGCAGGUCCCUGGUGUAGAAAGCAUGACUUGAAAAUUAACUUAGCAGUCUGUGUGCUAGUCUUCAUAAUACUUCACUCUUGUGCAAAUAAUAUUUGUUUGUGAAGGAAAUGUGCUAUGAAAAUAGUGUUAUCUCCAGAUAAACUUUGGUGUGGUAAUAUAAUUACCCUCACCCUAAACUCUACCCAUAUGCUUCCCUUACCCUCACGCUUGUUGUUUGUCCUUUGAGGGAUAAAGAUGACUAUGACUUCACAAUUCAGAGUAGUGGCUGUGGGUCCUUAGGGUCCUUAGAUGGCUAGUGAGACCAAACUGACACUAGAAGGUUCACCCACACAUAGGGCAUGAGUGUGUGGGUGCUGCAGUGGAGGUGGAGGUUGCUCUGUCUUUGCAUGUGGCACGUUUCCUCUGUGGUUCAGUGGUCUGUUGGUAUUUGGCCGCAUUGGCCCUAGUGGUGACUUUGCUGCGCCAAGCUGGACAAUCCUGGGCAAGUGACUCCCAACUACUGGGGUUGAUGUCCAAGUCUUUGAGGGCCUCUUUGAGGCAGUCUUUGAAACAUUUUUUCUGUCCCCCAACUGAGCACUUCAGCCCACCAACCAAAUGCCCUGUACAGUAGCUACUUUGGCAGACAGCUGUCAGGCAUUCUGGUGACAUGGCACUGCCAUCUAACGUGGGUUUCUUUGGGAGGGUGUGAAUACUGGGAAUUCUGGCCCUUUCUAUGAACUCCAAGUCUGGAAUUUUGUCUUGCCAUCUGAUGUAGAGAAGUCCACAGAGGCACCUUAGGUGGAAAUGAUUGAGGUGCUUGGCAUGUCUGCUGUAGAUAGUACAGUCCAGGCCUAGCAUGAGUAGCAGAGAGUGGCAAGUAUUAUUGCAUGGUAGACCUUCAGCUUAGUGGAGAGGCUGAUACUUCUUCACUCCCAGACAUUCUCACACAGUCUUCCAAAGGCGACGUUGGCCUUAGCAAUCCUGUUGUUGACAUCGGCAUUGACGCACACCACUCUUCAACGUGUUCUACGCCCCUUAACCAUAAUGUGUGGUUCCUGGUAAGGCUUUCCUGGUGCAGGCUGAUAUGUGGCUUCAGCCUUUUUGGUACUGAACAUAAGGCCGAAGUUGUCACAGCCUUGCGAUAAACAGUCCAUUUUGUACUGCAUCAUAAAUAAAUAAAUAAAUAAUAAAAAUAUUUAUGUAGAGCCUAUACUUUUCAGUGCUAAAUGCUUUACAAUGCUGUAAAAAGGUCCAGAUAAAAAAAUAAAAAUUUUAGAAUCAUUAACAUAUGUGACCCCUCAUUGGAAAUUAAAAGGGGGCUUAUGGAUUUCACUAAAAACCAUGAAUUUUUUUUCAUGGUCACGGUGCGUGAAUUGAGUUUUCAUGCCUGUUCACUCCAUGUGAGAAAUUUUCACUCUUAGCGUGAAACUAAUCAUGUUGAGAAAGAUAAGUGAAGACCAUCACGUUGUGCUUUUUUAACUGGUGUAAACUAUCACCCCAUGAAAUUAAGAGUGGACCUGUGUCUUUUUUGUUUUUUCUCUCCCCUUCCUCUGCCUUUCUAACUCAGUAGAAAAAAGUGGCUGGUCACAUCAAGCGAAAUUUGUGGAAGUUGAUAUGCACAUAAUUAUCUUUCUCUGAGAAUAUUCAAGCUGUUUUUAAUGGCUUAUGAAAAACAAAAAAGCAUGCAGUCUAUUCCACAUUCAGGCCUGUAAAGCCACAAAUUACAAUCAACUCGUACAUGUAGUUGCAUAAUCGGUGAUUUUCUGGUUCAUAUUUUUAUGUGUUCACUCUGGCCAUUAAAAAAUUUACGCAAUCAGAAUGUACAGCAUGUUUCAUGACUGCAACAGUCAGUGACUCUCAUCCCUUUUUUUCCCGGCAACAUGCAAAUUUUCCCAAAGUCAAAGACACUUAGUGAUUUACCACAUAUCGCAAGGUUUUCACUCAAGAAACCUAGCAAACUCUUUGCAGUAAGACUAUUACUGGCAUUCCUAAAACGGGGGUGUUGUCAUCUGUGUCGGACGCGCAUUGCAUACAUAUUUGUCACCACGGAGGAUAGCAUUGGCAUAUAAAACUUCCUUGAAGAGAUAAAAGCCCCAAUAUUCUGAAAUUUAAAUAAUAUUUUGGUUUUAAAUUUAGAGAAUACAGAGAUGGAAUCAUGCAGUUGUUUAUUAUCUUCAGUGACUCACUUUUAAAGCAAUUUCAUUUUCUUUGUAGCGUGCGAACUAGAGCAAAAGAAACUGGAUACUCUUGCAGACUAUUUGUUUUGCUGAAAAUCAAAAAGAAGAUGUUACAUUCAUCUGGGCAAAUAAGGCUUGCAUGACAUCUAAACAAUACACUUUUGAUAUAUUAUUGUGGCAGAAAAACUGUUUUACAACACAAAAAAAACCCCUGUAUUUGCGUGUUCAGAAGAAAAAGGCAGCAAUUAGAUAACAUGCAGCUUUCAACACUGACUUUUAUACACUCUUGCACUAAAUCACUGAAAUUUGCAUUGUAGUUAUAAUUAUAGAGUGAUAAAUUUAAAAUAAUAAAUUACGGGAAAGUAAAAUGCUUACUCUGUAUGAGCGGAUUUUCUCCAUAGAGACAUUAACUUUUUCAUGGGGUCAAAUAUCUUCACAGCGUGAAUUAAAUUUCAUGGUGUCACUGGAAUAUUUUCACAGUGUGAAAUAUUUUCAUGGUGAUUAUUAACUUUUUCACUGCGUGAAAUUUUCACCGUGGCAAUCACUUUUUAAUGGCGUGUUCACUUUGUGUUACAGAAAUUUCACUCACAUUCCAAAAUUUUUCUUACUUUCACUGCCAAGACCAUGAAAUUAGGCAGUGCGUGAAAUUUAGAUAAGCCACCAAGUUGCGUGAAGUGUCACAUAUAUAGUCACAAAAUGCAAGAUAAAAACCUAAGAUUUGAUGGUUUUGAUGGUGCGUGAGGGGGUGUGUGUGCUUUCCUAUGAUAACACUUGCAUGUCCUCUGCAGCAUUCAAAUGUUCAGAUCAUUCAGCCUCCGCACAGGUGGUGUUGUCACCCGCACACUUUAAGGGCUCAUGUCCCUCUAAAGCAUAAACGACCUCAAAUGGAAGUUGAGUAAAAUUUUCCCUGAAAGCAGCCUCGGAGAACUGUUUUUUGUACCUAAUAACCUUGUAUCUUGGAGUGAUACGGAUGACAUGCGCAUCGACUGUGACAUGACACAUGGUGUGUUAUGAUUGCUAACUAGUGGACUUGGGAGAACAUCAGUAUGUGUAAUGCAUUUAGCAGGGGAUUCAAUAAGCACCGACGGCCGACGAAACACGUCAGCUUCUUUGCUCAUAGAGGUCGGCUACUUUUUUACAGAAAGAAGAAGCAACUAGUUUGAAUAACGGUUUAAACAAAAAAUAAUUUAUAUCAUAAAAUCUGAAUGAAAACGUAAUUAUGCUUUGUUUUUUGAAAGGCCCACUGGUUUUAUGUUAUGCUUUAGUCAUGUGAACUCUAUCUUUCAGUCAUUUUUUCAAAAGUUUCUUACAGGUUUACACAGAAUUUGUGUAAAUGUGCAAAAGUACGUAAUUUAGUUUUCAUCAUUUGUUCAUUGCUCGUGGGAAUUGAUUGUGUAACUGGUAAAUUGAAAGCUACAUUUCCUUGAAUGAAAAACAUGCUCUUUUGUUCUCAAAUUUAGUCCCCAGAAUGCUGAAAAUCGCAUUUUUCUGGGGUGGAACGCAACGACCUCCCCCAGAAAAGGGGACCAACGGCCCCUUGUUGAUACCAUCGGUUACUCUAAAACCCCUGCAUUUAGGAAGAUUGUUAACAAUGUGAUCAAUAAGUGUUUGACUGGACUUCGUAGUUCUUGUUACCGUGGUAACAGCUUGUUUCAGGUUGAGAGAUUGAGGGAUUUCAGUAUACUUCUUGACAUGUUUGUUGUUUGAUCAUACAUGUAGCAAUUACUGAAUGAGGCUGAGUAGGAUAUGAAGAAUUCUGCAGUUCGAGGAGUUUGGCCUCAGUGGAUAACACCCUCCUAGAUCUGCAGAAUUCUUCAUUUUCUGUGAAAGCUGAAUUCAAUAAUUGUUUUCUUUAUUAAGCUAAAACAUGCUUACCUUGGUGGAUGUUAAGUUCAUAUCGAUAGUACAUUUGUGUAGGGAAACGUAGGCGAAAAAGGAUUGUUCAGGUCUACAAAUAUACUCCAAAUAACAGGUGUCGUCUGUCAAGUUGUUUUUUUUGCUGUUUAUCUUGCCAUGUUUUUAGACAAUAUUUCGUCAUAAUACGAGUAAAAAUGUUCCACUGACUGUUCUGCCAUUUUGUUCUCACCACCAAAACUACUCAAACUCUUCACCAGGUUUUCUCGGUUAAUGGUUCAAUAAUCUGCAACUUUGGCUGCACUUUUGACGUCAUUGGCUCAAUAUGACAAAAUUCUUCCAAAUUUGGUCAACAGUAGCUAGUUAUGAUUAAUUAUGUGUGCUUUUAGCCAAUCAGAAAUGGAGAAAUACUUCGAAUGAAUAAUAAUUAGCAAUUAUUGAAUGAGGCUGAGUGUUAUCUGAAGAAUUGUGGAGAUGAGGAGGGUGUUAUCUCCCAAGGCUGCAAGGCCAGGACAAAUAACACCCUCCGAGAUCUUCAUAAUUGUGCAGAUGAUAUGAAAGCUGAACUCAAUAAUUGUUUUAUUAUUCAGUCAAAACAAUUCCUAGUGAAAACAAGCUAAAACAUGCUUACCUCCAUCAAUGUUAAGUUCAUCUCAAUAUUGCGUGUAUAUCAGGAAGUUUAAGAGAUUAAGGAUUGUUCAGGUCUGGAAAUAUACUCCAAUUAGCAGAUGUCGUCCGUCUCUUGUCUUGCUGUUCUUGCUACGUUUUUAGACAAUAUUUCGCCGUGAAACGAGUAAAAUGAACUCUGCCAGUCUGCUUUCACUACCAAAACAACUCAAUCUUGUCCCAAGGUCUUCUCAGUGCAACAGUCUGUCAAUUUUGCUGCACGAUUGACAUCAUCAGUUAAGUUCUAUAUCGCAAAAUUCUUCCAAAUUUGGGUAAUAGUAGCUGGUUAUGAUGAAUUACAUGUAUGCGUAGGAUUUUAGCCAAUCAGAAACUGCGAAAUAUUUAAAUGAAUAAUAAUGGUGUUUACAUCAUCUGCCAAAAUUAGCAUCCCAUCCCAUGAAGCGGCAACUUCGCUGAGGAGAUCUUCAACUCUUUGUAACCAGUUGGAGAAGACUUUUAGCCCAAUAGAUGUACCAAACAGAAUUUCUCUGUUCUUAAAAGGAAAAAAUCAAUCCACAAGUGUUCCAGUUCCACAUAACCCCCUCAAUAUCUCUCUUUCACUUGAACUUGAUACUCCCAUACCUGCCCACUCUCCCGGUUUUCCCAGGAGUCUCCAAGUUUUUCAUCAAAUCUCCCGAUAUCCCGGUUAGAGCACCAAAUCUCCCGGAUAAAAUGGACCUUUUGAGCAUUUCUGUGCUUUAGUUUGAAAUUUAGUCAAUUUUUUCACAAAAUUCGAACUUUUUUUAUUCAUUGUACAGUUUCUGGGACAUUUUUGCACAUGUUUAGUCAAUGACAAAGAUUAGUUCGUCAUUACAAUGAUGAAAGUGCAUUUUGAUCCCAUGUACAUCAUGUAAGACAUCAUGUAAUGUCCUAAGGCAAUUUUUUGGCAGGGGGGAGGGGGGAGUGGGGGUGUUGGUGCUGUUGACAUUCGGGGGUUGGGGGAUGUAGUGCAAAAUGGAGAGUCCAGAUUUUAGAUCUCCUGAGGUUGGCAGGUAUCUACUCCCUUUAACAUAACUGCCUACGCCACCACCCCUCAUUGUAUCCCUGUGGUGAAAAGCAUGACCAUUACCUUGGAAUAGUAACAUGCUAGAGUACCAAUUCAUUGUCCCACAGCCAGGUAUCACUCAUGCUCACCACAUUGAAUGGGUAUUAUUUUAAAGUAAGUAGCAGCCCUUCGACCGUCGAUAUCAUGCUGUGGGUAUUUAUAUGCAUGAUUUUUAGUAGCCUGCUUUUUACUUUGGCAGAGCACGAAGUAAAGGAUUCACAACACUCAGGAAUGUAUCAAAGUUGACUUUGUUUGACAAGAUUGGGCACGCAAAGUCUGUAGGUUUUUGGUUUUAUUCGGCUAUUUGACGAAGUGAGAGCAGAAUUAGUUUGAGAUAUAUCAAGAUCACUUCAAUUUCUUUGAUUUAUUCUUUAACUUUUUCAAGGAAGAAAGAAUUAUUAUUUUGGCUUUCUUGGGGUUUGAACCGACUCACCUGUGUGACCUUUCAGAUUAGAGGAGACUCUAAGUUGAGGGACUGGCGAAUGCCCUCCUGCGACCCAAGGUAGUUCAGGAUAUGAAAAUAGUUAUGAAAUGAUGCACUAGUUUCGGGACAAGAUUGAACAUGCAAGCUCGUGACUUUUCGGCUUGGUUUGGCUUUUUCACGAAAUGAGACCGGACUACUUUGUGAUAAAUUAUCUUGAGAUCACUUCGAGUUUAUUCUUUAAUUUACAAGAGGAAUAAAUAAAGGAUAUUACGUGGCCAUGCAGAGACACCAAAAAUGUCUCUUUGAGUGUUGAAAAACAUUUCAUGAGUCAGCCCUCCUUUCGAACUGUUUUAUGAUGAUAAUUUAAAGUUACGAGAUGCAACACAAAGGCAUUUUGUCGUUGUUGAGUGUUACGUAGUAAAAUUGCUUUCAUGCGUUGCGUGACUUUCUCGAACGUUCUCUACUUUUUUGGAUUAUUCAAGAAUAAUUAAUUAGGGCAUGUUUACAUUUCUGCAUGAGCCAGCAGAUUUGCAUCAGUUACUGAAAUCAUAAAAUAUGUUGAAAAGCUACUACUAUUCAGUACUAUGGGUAAGACCAAAAUGUCAGGUACAGAUGCAACGUUUCUGGUUUUUAGCCACUGUGCUCUUUCACAUUGUGUGCAUUAAGGAGCAGUUUGUUUGUUUUGUUUUGGUGACCUGUUAGCAGAUACAACCAGGUUUGUCUGGAUGUCUCCCCACAUUAGGAGUAGAGAAAACGUUGCGCAAGGGUUGCUAUAAUAAAGAACUCUGCUGGAAGUCCACCGUCUCCUGUUGGAUGCUCACACAAAUGCAAAUCGAGUUCGUAAAGGAGCCAACACUGGUUCUUUUAUUUGAUUGUCUUUGCCACUAGAUCCGGUCUUGGUUUUGGGAGCUUUAAUUUUCUCUUGGCGUCGCGAAAAUGGUAAUUUGGUGUUGUUGUUGCAAACAAAUUACAGAGAUAAGCUAGCUGGGGCGAGAUAAUUUUUGCACUUGCACAUUAAAUUAGCCUUUUGUUUAGCCCUUCUAACCGAUAAAUUAUCCCAACCAAGCGAGUUAAGAAGAUAUCUGGAACUCGUAUCAUAGCUAGAUUUAGUGGUAACUCUGAUAGCAUGAUUUUGAAGUUUUUGAAGUUUUUCACCAAGCGGUUACAAUGUUCUUUACAAUACAAUACAAUGUUCUUUAUUUUGAGAGGGUAGAUAUACAUGAUUAACCCAGUUAAGAGUUUUCUAACACAUGGCCCUCUAAAACUAAAAGAAAUAUAUACAAAUAAAUUUCAAAAAUACACACAUACAAUAAUUAAUUGAAUGUAACAUUUAAAAUGAAAUUAAAAUUAACACAAUAUAAAAGUUUAAUUAACAUAGUUACAAACAAUAUAUCGCAGCAAACUUGGAGCGAUUAGGAGAAAUAGCAAUUGCAGUAAAGCAGGAAACGGCAUGCAAAACAGCAAAGUUCUUCGAGAUGGGCAACGGAAUUGAGUUUUUGAAUGAAAAGUUCACGUAGCUUGCGCUUAAAAAAGGAGAAAGAAAUCAGAGCAUUAGGCGAGACUAGAGGAGUUCUUACAAGCUGUUUGAUCUCAAGGGUAGUGCAUUAAAAAGAAUAGCAGCUGUAAAGGAGAACAUGCACUUGCCAGAGUUUGUUCGGGGCUGAGGGACCACUAAGUUUCCUGAUGCGGCACCCUGGUCAUAUGAGCACUGUUUGCAGAUACAAAGGAGAAUUCAUAGAGGGGCUUCAGGAUUAAGAAAAAUAGAAGAUAGCAACUGGAGUUUUUAUACUUAAUAAUGUCACAAACAGGGAUCCAGAUGAAAAUACUUUUUAGAGGCAUUUCAGGAAUGUGGGCCUUUCAUCCCCACAGAUGCAGAAAAGUGUAGCUGGAUGGAUUGUAUUGUGGGAUGAUACUUUUUAGCUGAAUGUGGGACACUGAGAGAUGAAGAUGUCUUAAUGUGAACUGGAUGGGACAGUCUGGAAACAAUGUACAAACUGUGAUUAACGGAGUUUGUCUUCAAGUGUUUAAAAGGUUACAAUGUCACAGAAUUUAAAGAUUUGUUUUUACAGAGGAAUUCAGGCCUCAGAAGAAAUGAGAACAUCAUCCUUCCAAGACCAGAAACAAAUUUUAUCAGGAACUCCAUACGCUUUAGAGGAGCAAUCGCAUCGAACACUUUAACAAACAAGGAAACAAGGGCCAAACCUUGAAAGAAUUUAAACACUGUCUUGCAAAAUUUGAUACUGAGAAAAUGAAUUUUGAAGCAAUUUGAACAACUGAAAAUACAGAUAUCGGUUACAAAUACUUUUAACAGUUUUAAUUUUCAAUUGUACAUUUUCACAACCUUUUUUAGCUACAACUAACACUGAAAUAUCGGUUACAAACAUUUUUAACAGUUUUUAAUUUUUAAUCGUACAUUUGCUUUCAGACAUUUGCUUUCAGUACUCCUUAUUUUUCUUGUAAUUGUUGUAUGCAUGACCCCACCAGCAAUGCUGAUCUUUUUAUCGUGCUAAUAUAAAGUUCUUAUCUUAUCUUAUCUUAUCUUAUCUUAUCUAGAUUUUCAUCUAUGAUAAGCCCUAGAGAUUUGCUUUGAUUGCCUUGGAUUGUUGGAAUGCCGUCUAUAUGAAUGUUCAUUGUAUAGUCAUUUAAGCCUCGAGCUAAUAACCAUAAACUCUGUUUUGGUGACAUUAUUGAGACUUAACUUUAUAAGCCUUGAGCCAGCUAUCAAUAUAUAUUAUACUAUUCAAUACUAUUGAUUUAGGAUCCAGGAUCAGGUAUAGUAGCUGCAGAAAAGGUAAUAUUAGUGUUGUCAGCAUACAUUCUAGGAGACCCAGCAUUCAAACAAUUUGGUAGUCAUUUAUAUAUAUAGAUCAAGAAAAGAAGAGGGCUGAUUAUUGACGCUCAUGAGGUACGCCACAAUUUAGAGGGCUCGUAUUAGAUAGAUAAUUGUUUACAUUACACCUUUGUAUACGGUUAACUAGUAAGGUAAGAUUUUAACCAUUUCACCUGGUAUCUUGAUCAAUGCCAAACUUAGUAAGUUUUUUUAGAAUUAUGUCUUGGUCAAUUAAGUGUCAAAGGCCUUCAAAUCAAUAAAAAUUACACUAUUAAGAAGACCCCUAUCAAUGUUGACACACCAGCUAUUGUUUGUCUCCAACAAGGCAGUAAUUAAAGAGUGCUGGGUAACGAGCCGAAACCAGACUGGCUGCUGUUUAAUGAACCAUUUUCAUUCAGACAGUGAUAUAGUUGGUCAUAGAUAAUCUUUUCGAAAAUUUUGGCUACAUUAGGAAUAACAGAUGUAGGUUGAUAGUUGUUUAGGUCAGACUUAGAUGCUGUUUACAUGGAGUGGGGGACCCCGGUCUAGUGGGGUAAGUUUCUUUUGUUUUGUGUCCCCCAGAGCGUGAAAACAAAAGAAACCAACCCCACUAGACUGGGGUCCCCUACUCCAUGUAAACAGGGUCUUAGAACCACUCUUAAAAAUUUGUGACACUUUAACCAGUUUCCAGUCAGAGCGGAAAAUACCAGUCACUAACGAUUGGUUAUUAAAAGGUGCCAGUUAAAGAGGGCGCGACAACAUCGGUAGCAAUCUUCAGAAGCCUGUUUGGAAUUUUGUCAAGACCAGAUGCCCUACCUAAGUCAAUAGCUUUAAGUAAUUUGAUGGCUUUUUGAACAAAGGAAAGUGGGUCACUUUCUAAACUAGGAAUUUCUAGUGCGGGGGAUUGGCCAGUGCUUGUAAAAUGGUUGUUAAAUGCUUCAGCAAUAUCACCAGGUGAGGUGAAAACUUGGUUUCCUGUUUUGACUUGAGACACUUUGGUUGAUUUACUUUGCCAAGGUUGGAGUUCAUUAAUUAAACGACAGGUUUUAUGGGAAUCACUUUUGUUUGCAUCAAAGUUUUUAGAAAAGUAUUUACGUUUAGCUUUCUUCACUGAGUUAUUGGCCUUAUUUCUUGUAUCUUUAAACUGCUUCAAAAUCAAUGGGUCAUUUGUAGAUGCAGCUUUCUUUUUUAGAAAAUCUUUUUCAUGCAUUUCACGCAACAGUUCAUUAGUAAUCCAGGGAGAGUGUUUGUUUCUAACCCUUUUUUUCUCAGUGGUGCAUAUUUAUCAAUAGCACUCGUGAACAGGUGUUUCCAAAUGUCCAACAUUUCAUUUGGGUCAUUGUGCGUGGUAACUCAGUUCCAGUCAACCAUGCCAAGAUCUCGCAAAAAUUCAGUUUCAUUAAAAUUCUUGAGCUGUCGAACUCAACAGUUUUAUGCAUAUUAGAUCGAAGAUGAGUAACUUUGCAUUUAAGAUUAAUAGCAGGGUGAUCACUUAGUACACCAGUAUUAAUAACGCCUGACUUUGAUAUCUUAUAAGGAAUUUUUCAGACAUAAAUUGAUCAGGUUACUUGAAUAAUGCAUGACUCGAGUUGAUUCUGUAAUAAGUUGAGUCAGACCAUAAAAUUAAUAUUGAUAAUAUUUAAGAGGUAUGUGAGAAGAGUUGUUACUGACAACCUCUGAUAAUAAAUAACAAUAAUUGUUAUUUAUUAUCAGAGGUCUUCAGUUAUUUAAGUCAUCCAUAAGAUAUGGCUCCAGGUUUUCAGCAUCAGUUCUAUCAAUAAUUCAGUCAAAGGUUAAAAAGAGGUCAGGAGGUGACGUGGUUUGUACCAGGUAGACACAAGGAAAGGCUUUGAGCAGGGUUUAGUGGUUUCGAUAGCGAGACAUUCAAGAUUACUCAGACUAAGAUCAGCACGAAGCUGAAAAUAAUAUUAUUGCUAUUACUAUGAACACAAAUGCAAAUACCACCACCAUUUCUGCCAUUGCUCUGGCUGUCUUUGCGAAUUACAUCACAACCUGGUAGAUGUACUUUGCUGUCUUUGAUGGUUUCAUUUAUAGCUAGGAUAUCAAUAUCUUUGAACUGACUCAUAAAUACGUGUAAUAGAUUGAUGUGAGAAACUGAAUUAUUUAUCAUAAAGGAUAUUAAUCAUCGUGGAUAAUGUGUAUAAAGGCUUUAUGUUUAAACAACCUAUGACCAAGUCACAACCUAAAACUGUCUUACCAUAUUUUGCAUUUUGCGUGGAACUGCAAUUUGAAGAUAUUGGCAAACUGUAGAUAUUGGUGGGUCAGGAAUAUGAUCGUACUCCCAAACUACUUUUAUAGAUGCAGACUAUGCUGGCAUCUUCGAACUGUUGUGGGACUGGAAUACAUCUGUUAAUUCUUGCAUCAUGGUUGCACCACCUUUUCUGUACACUUCAGCAGGGAUUGCACCUUUUGGACUUUUCUGUGGGCAGCUUGUCAAGAUCCUGAUUGUUGUCCACUUGACACUCAGUAUCACCCUUACAAUCACUCUCACCUUUACACUCAAUCUCAUCCUUACACUCACUCACUGUAACUUUUACACUCACUCUCACCCCGACCCUGACCCUCAACAUCACCCUCACCCUUGUCCGUAAUUAAUUCCAAAGUGGUUCAUUUCCUAUUGAUAUUGGCCUAUUUUCAAGGUUGUUAAGUCUUAACUGUAUAUCUAACCCCACGAAAAUCAUCCCAAAUAUCAAGGCUUGGUAACACUCUCAUAAAUUUUCUGUCAAUUUUGUUGACAUUCAUUUUGGGUCUGGCACUCAUAAGUUUAGGCAUGCAGGCUGAUAGCAUGGUGCAUGGCCUGCUUUAUUUACAUGACAAAGGUUUGACUUUCUGAAGGGCACCCCUAACAUGAGAAAGGCACUCUUAAAAGUUUUUAGCCUCUGUGCAUAUUUACAGUAGUCAGAGCACGUACUAAACGAAUGCAAGAGUAGUUUUUAAUAAAUACACACAUACCAUUAAAAAAGAAAGUGCUUGACACAAAUGAAGGCAAAAUAAAUGAGAGCAUCAUAUAAACCAACAACUAGUGUGACCUCCUGUAAACUGAGAGUUAUGGACAAAUACCAAUUCUUUCAAUUGCUUGAUGACUUCUGGUAUUCAACUUUAGAGUAAACAAAAGAACAUUUGUAUAUACUGUCCAUGAAUUUUCUGAUGGUGUUGUCUCGUGACCAAUGCGAAAUACUGCCUGGUACUACAAAUCAUCGAUUGUACUUUUAUUACUUGUAGUUUUGACAGCAAAAUAGAGAACCACUUUGUUCUUCUAUGUGGGAUAUCCUCUUUGCUUCUUUGUUUCUUUAUAUAGUGGAGACUCCCUGAAUGGACACCCAAAGGGAGAAAAAAAACUGUCCGCAACUGGAUUUUGAGAGUCAAAAUUGGAUCUCGGUGAAGAGCGGCCGUAGGUAGAGCUGUGUGCUCACAGAAGUGUACUAGUCGCUUCACUGAGUUCUGCAUCAGGGCAAGAAAUGACUUUUUUCUGUAUUAAACUAUCUGUUUGAAAAUGCAAGAUAUCGCCUACAUUGAGUGUUCCAUUAUUCUAAGAGGUUCCAAAAUUGUCAGUAACAUUUGCAUGAUCUUUGGAAGCUAGAUUGUUCCCCUUUGGCUUUUAUUCUAACAUAUUCCAUUUGAAAAACAGCAAUGGAAAGAGAUAUCAGCCGAAAAGUUGUCAGAAACACAAACCAUGAUGAUAAUGAUAGUAAAUACUAUCUCAGAUUUUAAUAAUAAUUAUAAUAAUAGUGGUUCUUAUUACUCAUUUUGCUUAUGCCUCAAUGCGUUUAACAUCUAAAAUGUCACUAAUUUCAGAAUGUUCAGAAUUCUUCGGGAAUAUAAUUACUGCAUAAAGACCUAAUAAUUAUUGCACCAACAUAGCCAAAAACAGGUUUUUGGUUCGUAUCUAUUCAGUAGUUUUGUUACUUAAUCAAAGAGAAAAGCAUGAUUUAUAGAUCAGCAAAGAAGUAAAGGAAGGCAAAAACAAGUGUUUGUGCAUUGAACUUUGGCGAUCAUUGAAGACUCCAAAGAAUAUUGUUUUGGUGUCCUGGCCACUUUUAAGUGGGUGAAAGGUGGUCCUGGCUGGCCUAAAUGUUUUGGCACAGGUGCCAAGUAAGUCUGCAUUUACAGGGCAAAAAGUCAGGUGGGCUGUGCUAAAACUAAUGGACCAUAUACCCAUGUUUAGGAGCUAGUGCUGAAAUGGAGGACUGCUGGCUAGCUGUGUCUUGUGUUUAACUAGGUAUAAAUUUUACUUAUAUCCACAUACACUGUAUCAACUUAAGUGUGCAUAAUUUAAAUCUUAAGCCCUUGCUUACAUCUCACCGCUUGGAAACUUUUGUUUAGGGUUAUUACAGGGCUGCUAAGUGCCACUUGGUGAUGGGAUCCAUUACAAAUGCAGCAAACUAUCUACAGAAGGUGAUUGAAAAGGAUCCUAAGAAUAAGGAUGCUCAAAAUGAUGUAAGUAACAUAACAUAACAUUAUUACCUUUGUGUGGUGCUUGUCACUAAUUGAAGCUAUGUAGCUACAAUGUAAUUCGUAUUGUAGUAGUGCACUGUUCACGUAUGAAGCGUUGUACUUAUUAACUAUGUUAAUAAGUACAAAACCGCUGUCAGUUUAUAUUAUUAUCAGGCUCCUCAUAUUAUAAACCUAUAUACAAGUUUGCUGACCCAAAAAAUUCCAAAGGCUUUAAAGUGUAGGGAAGUGUGGGGUGGGUUCUCAAUCAUCAUGCAUUACCUCUACGCAGCCAUUGUGUCAUCACACAAUGCGCUGACACAAAAAAGGCUGCGCUCGGAGACUACUUCCUCCCUACCUCUCCUCCCAUUCGCUUUGAAUAAAAAAGUUACUUCUUCACUAGACUAAACCAAAACCCAUUACAUUGGUAUGGAAUUCGGGAAACCUUUAACAGGUUUAUCAUGUGUCAUGAGGAGCUCAUAAUGCUAAAAAUAUUUACAAGUUAUUGACACAGUUUGGUCCAUAUAGGGUAUUAAAAUUCGUUUAGACCUCUGGUAAAAUUCCUCUUCAAUAAUUUGGGGUGGUUCACAGGGAUAGUCCAUUGACCGGGUCCAUGCAGGGGUCCAUGGCCUAGGUCCACAGGGGUGGUCCAAGUGUUUUGAAUGCGUCUCAUUUAGAUAACAGCAUAAAUAACCUGAGUAUCAGGCCUUCCUAAGGGGCUAGGGAAGAGGAGAUUUUAGAUGGGGAAGGGGGGAGGGGGAGAAGAGAAAGGAAGGCUCUCUCCUUCAGCUAUCUCCCUUUUUCGUAAAUUAUUUUUGUAUGUAAUACUAGAAUGGGUGAUAAACGUGAAACGACUAUUUUCCCCCUAGAGAAUUAUCACUUAUUUAAGGAAGGCAAUUUAGACAUGCAUGAAGUUUGUUUCUGUCGUUGACAAAUUAAUCUAACACAGCAGCUUUUUUCCUUCAGCUGCGUACUACGCGCAUGGUUCAAGAGUACGAGUCAUCAGCUUUUCAAGCACAUGAUAAAGGGGAUUAUAGAAAGGUACAGUAGUACGUGAUGUUGUCAUAAGCAGCAGUACCACCCCAUGCAUGCCUAGUAAAGACAACUCUCUAACUGUUCUUUGCAGCAGGAGAAUUGAACCAAUCACAAUGCUCUUUAUUUCUAAGUUGAGGUUGAGCCUCCUGCUGUUAUUUGCAACUUGAAAAAUCUUGCUAGUCAAUUCUGGCCCCAGUUGUUCAAACGCUGGUAGCGCUUUCCACCGGACAAUUACUAUCCAACAGAUAAAUUCAGGAAAACUUAUUGCACCAUUCACCAGAUAGAGAUUAAUCCAGUCGAUAACGUUUUCCACCAUUUGAACAGCUGGGGCUUGAUUACAACUCUAAGUCCGUUACUAGUGAAGACCAUACCCCUAGAAUUUUUCUUUUGUUCAUGAUGCUAAGUUACAGCGUCUGAAGUUCCAGCGAUUGCUGGAGAGUGGUUUCCAUAUGAUCGCUGACCUUUUUUUCAGCGAUCGUAGCGAGUAAACCUUACAAACAACUUAUUGACGGACUCCAGCAAAACUGACGGUAGGGAGAGGAAGCAACGAUAAUGGCAGCAAGAAAGGCAAAAAAGGAAUAGGUUAAGAUUAGCAAAACAACAACUUUGCACGUGCGUCACGCUUCUUUGUACAUUUCUUUGCCGUCGUUGCACGACUACCACUUGAAACUUUAUUGUUGGCUACGCACUAGAAGCUAAGUUAGUCUGACGUAAGCACUUGAUUCAGGUGCAUUUGAAAAUCAUAAGCCGCCCUGUAGAAAACAUGUCUUCACAUUUGUUGGCAAAGUUUAUUACUUAAAGUACAAGGGCGUGGGUUCGAAUUACUGCAGAAUCCCGGAUGUUUGUUUGGUGAAAAAAAGACAAACAAACAAGAGAAAGGCAAUCGAGACAGUAAGAGGCUAUAAAAGUUCAAAGUAAGUUUAUAGAGCGGCCGUCAAAUUAGUGUUGUUGUCAGUGUGGUUCUCCAAUACUUUAUUUCAAACUAGUGCUUAUCCUUGGGUCCAUUUGACGCGGCGACGUAAAUUUUAUGCAGCAUAUUUUUCCAAAUUGCGGAAAUUCCGCAAGGUCGCGCUCUAGAAUAAACCUUGCGAAUGUUUCCUUGGUCACCAAGUAAAGUUGAAGUAGAUACAUUUUACCCCUUCAUACUCAAAGUAGGUUCCAAGUACACUUAGAUUAUUCUUGAAAGCUCUAAUGUGAAGCAAAGUCCUGAUAAUGUUGAAUAGUCCGAGAUAGCGAACCAAUCAGAUUGCUUAAAUCACCAAAAUCACUGAGUGUGUAUAUACUACACGUUUUAUGGAGGACGUGGACACGAGAAAACAAUUUUGUUUUUCUUCUCCUGAACUUAGAUAAAGUGCUUUAGAACGAGUCAGCUCCAGAAAGAUUUCUCAACAUUUGACAAAUUGGACGAGAUGGAAUAAGAGCGAUUAAAUUCGAAAUAGCGCGAAUUCACUUUUUAAAUAACGUUUUCUCCGCCGUCGUGGUUGCUUAAGCUUGCUAAUGGCCGUUUUCACACUAGAGACGGAUUAUCCGUUGGAUAAUUCGCGCCAGACAGAUAUUACGACUUAAUUUGAAAAUGGAACGGUUUUAAUUUGUGAUGAACAAUCCGCAUGACUUUGUCCAUCUAUUCAUCCGUCAAUUUUGACGGAUUUUGAAAAUGGAUUAUCCGUCUGUUGUGUGAAAGCGGUCAAUGAUAGAAUGACUGGACAACUGACAAUUUGACUACCAACAAAGCAAGCGUUAUAACUGUGACAAAGUAUUUAUAGAUUUAGCCAAUAACAUCACAGCAUUACAUUGACCAAUCAGUUCAAUAACCAAUGUUAUCAGUUAAAUGUGAUCAACUCUCUUUGAGUCUGAAGAUGAACCGCACAGAUUGUCAAAACGUCAGUAACUGUCAACAGGGUACUCCUGGGAAUUCUUGGUGGGGGUGUGCCGCCCGGUUCUCCGAAUCCUGACUCAAUUUCAGACCAAAAAAUGUAAUUUUCCACACCCGUUUGCAGACCAGACCUCAAAAAUCCAUACCCAUUUUCAGACCUGGCCUUUAGGCAGAAAUUAUGUUAAAAAAAAUUCUUCAAAUCCAUUUCGAAUUCGCAUAUUUCUCUUUUUUUUCUUACUCAUUUGGAAUUGAAACGUUAUGGUACGUUUUAAGACCAAAAUGGCGCAAAAACCUACCCGAUGGGGCGGCACAUACCUAUAUUAUAGCUUAUCUAAGGGAGUCCCCCCCCCCGGUCAGUACUACACUAACCUGGACGGUCAUGUUCUGAAUCUGGUACUUCCCUAGUGGAUGUUAAUGCAGGUCUAGAUAAUGAUAAUAAUACAGUUAGUAGAAGUCAACUAGUUUCAAUUAGUUUUUAAUACUUAACAGGCUUAAACUUCAUUUUAUGACUUUAGAAAAAUUACAUUCAAAAGACUCUUUCUCUUUUUUAGGUUGUUUUCUGUAUGAAUCAUAUUCUUGAAGUUUGUCCAGCAUGUAAUCUGUACAAAGUAAUGAGAGCAGAAGCAUAUUGCUUGAUGGGCAAAUACAGUGAUGCCUUAACGGAUGUACAGUAAGUGAUAUUGUUGCGAGUGAUUUAGGGUAAAUCAAGCCAAAAAGGCUAUGUCCAAGCCAAAGGAUUACAAACACAUAAAACUGUACUGUAUCCACCGGAUAUCCCAGAAAAUAAGCCGUGUAAUGCCUCUACUACAUGUAUGUACAUGUACCGUGCCUCCCCACAGCACUUACUUAUGGCUCUCAUUACAGAGACCGCUUGAUCGUAGUAAUGGUCUCUAGUUGACAUGUAUUUGUAACUUCUCUAUAUUACUAUAUUCAGCUACAUUAAUUACAAAAGUACAGUUAAUUUUGAUCUUAAGAGAGAAGGGUAUCUUCCCUUUCUAUAAGAAUUCAUUGUAGCUUGACCACACCAGGAAUAUUCAUAAUAUUUCCUUGCCCACUUUUAAUAAUUAAAUUAUUACUUUAAGUGACAGCUAGGUCUCUGCUUCAAGUCUGCUAAUCUAUUAGAAGCUGUAGAGUAAAAAGUUUAAUGUCAAGAAUACUAAAUGCGUCUCUAAUUAUUCAUUUUUAGGAAUUUCAACAAUGCUUUUAUUUCCGCUUUUGAGUGAUCUGUCAAUGUCUAAAUGCAGCUUCAUUCAUUCUGGGUUUUAGUUGUUGGUGCAGGUUCAACUAAAGAUGUUAAGAUUUUUUACGGCUAGGGUUCAAAAUACUGGGCAAGGAUAAGUCUCAUCUAAAUACCUGCAAAUUAGACUCUCCACUUCAUUUAUACAAUAACAUUGUCUGGAACAAAGGAUCGUAAGUUGACAUUGUUGCCAAGCUUUUCUUGAUGUGAUACUUUUUUGGUACCUAAAUUCGGGUUGUGGUAAUUUGUGAGAUGCUAAAUGAUCCAAUUAAGACUCCUAUAGUGUCUGUAAUAAAUGUUUUUUUAUGUACAGUAUACUGAUUGUCUUAUUCUUUCCCUAGGAAUAUACUGAGAAAUGACUCUAUCAAUUCAGAUGCUCUGUAUGUCAAAGGACUUUGUCUUUAUUAUCAGGUACAUACCACCUAUUAACCAUGGGCGAGGUCAUUACAGGGAAAUCUGACUGAGCGAUAGCGAGGUCAACACAUCAAGGUCUAGGUCUGAGAUUUCCCUGCAAUGACCAAACGGACGAGGUUAAUAAGUUAUUUCUUAUAUGGCCUUUUCAUUAUGGACCUGAGCCUGCGAUCACUUAAAUUACUGGUCAGCAAAUAGCUUUAACAAAAAAAUCAUGACAGUAGUCAGUGGAUGCCCUUUUUGACAGCUGCCAAUUGACCAUGACAGGGAUGUCCAUAAGGACGUCCACUAUCAACUUAAACACAGAUUAUGUAUGCCUUGGACACCUAGCUAGUAAUGCCUGGUCAUUACAGGAAAAUAAUGUCCGCUUAGCAGCCAAUCAGAGCGCACGUACUAUUGUAGCCAUAUAAUAAUUAGCAAUUAUUUUUUUCGGCUUUCGUAGGAUAUGAAGAAUUCUGCAGAUCGAGGAGGGUGUUAUCCAACGAGGCCGCACUCUCCUCUAUCUGCAGAGUUCUUCAUACCCUACGAAAGCCGAAUAAAAUAAUUCCAAGUUUAAAAACAAGCUAAAACAUGCUAACUUUGGUCGAUGUAAGUUCAUAUCCAUAAUGCAUCUUUAUCGGGGAGUUUAGGAGAAAAAAGAAAGGUCUGUUCAGAUCUGCAAAUAUACUCCAGAUAGCAGAUGUCGUCCGUCUUCAUGCUGUUUUUGCCAUGUGUAGUCCAUGACAAUAUUUCGCCGUGAAACGAGUAAAAUGUUCCGCCGACUGUUCAGUCAUUUUCAGUCAAAGCAACUGAACCUCGUCCCAAGGUUUUCUCGGUUAACGGUUCAAUAACCUGCAACCAGGCUGCACAUUUGAUGUCAUUUUGACGUCAUCGGUGCAAUAUGAUAAAAUUCUUGCCAAAUUUGGUCAACAGUAGCUGGUUAUGGAGAAUUAUGCGUGUGGUUUUAACCAAUCAGAAACGGGUAAAUAUUUUGAAUGAAUAAUAAAAAACAUUAAUGUAUUUCACAAUUCAAUGUUAUAUUCCCCAAAUCUCUGAUACCAACUCGCUAAGUUUCCUUUGCCAAGAAAGGUAUUCGAACAUGUAGAACGAAAAAAUCUAGUCUCUCCAUACCUGCUGUUUAACCUCCUAUCAGAUUACAACGGCCCCUUUUUUUCGUCCUGGCUGAUACAAAAUCCAUACAUAGACUCUUGUUUAAAACCUUUCUACAACGGCCACUUUGUUUUGUCCCCAAGGUGGCCGUUGUGGAGAGGUUCAACUGUAUUAUUAUUGCCUAUAGUUAUGACGUUUAAAAUUACUGAAAUGAUUUUUUAAAGUACUGAAAUUAAUAAGAAUUGUGGUGAUCUUCUCUGCAUUUACUUCUAAAAUUACUGGUGAACACUCGCUUAUUUACUACUUAUGCCUUGGUUAUGUUAUAAAUUAUUGCUGAUCACCUCAUGAAGCCAGUUAAGUUUGUUUUCCUUUAGCAAAAAAAAGAAAACUAGAAACUUUCUUCCUUAGAACCAGUCAUUAAGUUUAUUUUAAAUUUCGAUUAAUCCUGCGGAAGUAAACCCACUUCCAAGCAAUGCGGGCUAGUUUUUACUACUUUUUAGUCAUAAUAAAGUGUGCUCGUUUAAAUAAAAGGACUUCAGUUAGUUUUAAAAGAUUUUGAGAGCCCGUUUUUACAAUUCCGUUUCAGGAUUUUGUUGAUAAAGCUUACCAGCAUUUUAACAUAGUUCUAAGGAAUGAUCCCGAUCAUAAGAAAGCCAGAAUUGCUUUGAAGGUACAGUAUCGUUUGGUUUUUGUAUUUGAUAAUCAGCAGCAUAUUCAAAAAUUAAUUACCAAACUCGAAGGAGAGUAGAAAGGUUAGGUCAGAACUAUUAAUAAUUAUACGUGAAGACAUAAAAUUCUAUCUUUAAGUGACCUUUGUCUAAUCCGCUAUCAAAGGUUGCUGCUGAGGGUGGUUUCCAAGGCCCCUGAACGCAGCUGAAUAAACAUUACACUAUACAAUACAAGAAACUUUAAUGACACUCCCUACAGAGGGCUUUUCAGUGACAACAAUGAUUAAUUUACAAGGUACUACGUCAGAACGAUAGUAAAUCUACAAUUAAGCAACAGGAAACGUUUUCCGUGUUUGCAUAGCCUGGUAUAAACACGAGAGGGGUUGGGAGAAUUCGAGACAGUUAUGCAAACCCGAGACGAAGUCGAGGGUUUGCAUAACUGUCGAGAAUUCUCCCAACCCCUCUAGUGUUCAUAUCAGGCUAUGCAAACACAGGAAAAAAGUUCUCUAUUGCUUUUAUAAAAUAACUUUCCCGAGAAAAACGUAAAACUCUUUGUAACGGAACUGAUUAAAAGAGAAAUUCUUACCAGUUGCAAAGUCGUGUACACGAAGGCUUUCGCGCGUAAUCAGUUCUUGUUUUGCAAAAAGAUGCUUUCCAAAAUACGAAUUUUUCUCGCUUAAAAUGUCAGCUUAAGCGAAAACAAAAUUGACACAGCUUGUUUGAUAAGAUUUUUCAAGUUUCAGCCGACGAAGGAAUGGGUAAAUAAAGUAAACUUGUCGAGUUUUGAACUCAAAAAUUUUUUCAAAUUUGUGCCUGCGUGAUUAGCGCGCGAAAAGCAAAACAUCUUGACGUCACAACCAUGUUUACAUACUCUCAUGCAAACGCUUCUCUCGGCCAAUCAGAGCGCACGUACUAUCUUAGUUAUUGUGUAAAUUACAAUGACACCGGCAUUGGUUUAUGUAAAGAGAGUAAGAAGACUUAAAAAAUAGUCGCUAGAAAUUACAAGAUCAAUACUUUAUAUAAAGAGUGAAUGGGGAAGUUUGCAACGCAAAAUUAAAACAGACCCUACGAUUAUAAGCUUAGACCGACAAGAAGUUUACGCUUAAAAUUAAGAACAGAGUUGCAAAGUUUAAAGGAAUUUUCCAAACUGUUUUACAGGCAUACUAUACGGUAAUAGAAUGUCCUUUGUCGAGAUCUCGAUUUAAGUAAGGGGAUUUGCAAAAGUUAAGAGCUUCUAGUCAAACGACCGCUUACUUCACCACGUGUUAGAAACUUCGAUGAGAGGUAAGUGGGAGCGGAGCCAGUCAUACACUUGAAAGCAAGCACGGCGUCGCGGAGAUAUAGCUGUGAUUUAACAAGGAGCCAGCGCAGCCAGCGCAGUUCUUUCAACAGCAGAGUAACGUGGUCAAGUUUUCUGGAACCACAGAUAGUUGGAGCUUGAUGAACCAAGCCGUGUCCGCUGCAUUGGACCAGACGGAAGAGCAAUAAAAAACUUACUAAACACCAAAGUGUUAGUUAUUGUGGUUAAAGUCGAUAUGUCAGACAUGUGUUUGACACGACUGAUUUUAGGUAAACUUGAGAAGCAGGAAGAAACAGUUUUAACGUAGUUCUUUUCCUAAAAAGGAGAAACGCAUAUCUGGGAGAUUUUGUAACCUUUGCCGACUUCCAUAAACAAUAACCUUAGUUUUAUCAGGAUUCAGGAGAAGACGAUUUUGGAAACACCAGUUUCGAAUAUGUAGGAGGUCCACGUUCAAAUCAGCAACAGCCUUAGCCCAGUCGUGUACACUACAACGUUAAAUCAAUUAUUCUUUGUAAAACAUGUCACUUAAUACAGACAUCUUCUAUCAACACUUCAGUGCCACUAUUAACAGAGUUCAACCCCAUGUAGAAACCCAGCAACUACCUCACAAACUACACCCAUCAUCUUAACAAUCAACUUCCAAUAUAACUCCACGCCUACUACUUCACACAUCUCAACUAACUCCUCAAAUAUUGAAUACCACUGCACUACCCACAUAUCCCUCAUAACAAACUUCUCAGACGCUUAGUAGAACCACGCCCAAAUAUACGCUCCCACAGCGUCUUUUUGAUAAUCCUCUGUUGCAUGUAUGGGCCAUUAAUACUACAGUCGGGACCUGGCUAAAUCGACUUCUCGCUCGACACCAGGGUGGCCCAUCUCAGUUGUGUAACUCCCGCUAAACGAAUUCUUUAAAUUUGGGGGUAGGCCUUAUUGAGUUCGAUUCCUGGUCUUCUGCAACAGAGUUCUAUCUGCGAAGUUGCGAAGGUUAUUCCAUUUUCUCAUAUAACAGGACAGUGUAUUACUCCUGCUCGUUAAGUUUGUAUGUUUAGGGAGAUACCUUUGAUGCUUGUACAGCGUGACUUUUGAAAUAAUUGGGUCUUCCCUCUGGGCUUGUUGUAUUUGUCCUGUCGUUACUUGCUUUAAGGUCAGGUCUGUAGCAAUGGGUUCUUUGCGGGCAAUAUCCGUAUUCGCUGAAAUUGCAACUACCCAUGGCGUCCCUUCUUCUAUCUGUUGUGUUACUGUUCGACAAUUUAUGGUUGCAUCGAACACCUCCUUUUCCAUUACUGCCGUACACCUUACUUUUUGGAAUCCUUUGGUAGGCAGGAAAGAAAGUCUGUGCAUGUCUGUGUUCUGUUCUGCGAAUUAAGCCACACAACCAUGUCCAGCGUCAGAUAGUUUCGUGGUCGUUUUAGGUCAUUUCUGACAGGCGUGAAAACAGCAAAUUUGACCACGCAAUUUUUUGAAAACAAAAUUUCUCCGCUGGUAUUUACCCUAGCACAGAACGUUUAAUAUACCUGGUUUUAAACGCUGUAAAGUGCACUUUCGAAAAUAAAAUACAUUUGCCCUCUAGAAGCCCAGAAUAUUUCAUUAAUAUUUUUUUGAAUAAAUUUAUGAGGUAUACAUUCUCAUAAUGUUAGCGGGCAUGCAGAUGUAAAAUGUAACUGUGCAAUAAUAUUGCUUGGAUGGUGCUAAAAGCCUCAAAUACAAAGAUAUAUUUUGCUGUUCAGCAGAACAGACAACCAAUCCGCUAAAAUAUUACACAAUGCAGAAUAUAGAUUGAAACGUUAUCGCACCUCGAUUUUUGCGUUUAUUUAGAAGCUGAUACCGCGAAAAGCUUCUUAGGGCCUGUGUACAUGGAGGUGGUGGACCCCAGGUAGGUGAGGUAAGCAGUUUAGGAGGGGUAACCCGCCUGUCCAUAUAAUCUCUCAUUUUAAUUUGAUCACGUUUACAUGUUAGGCGGGGUAACCCGCCACGUGUUACCUCACCUACCUGGGGUCCCCCAACUUCAUGUAAACAGGCCCUAAAUUACAUUGAAAUGCAUCUUCCGUCAGAAUUCGUCGUCAAAACUGUACGCUCCAUUCUAAGGUUUAUGUUUCUCUUUUUUUUCUAGAAAGCUAAACGUCUGCAAGCCAAGAAGCAGGAAGGAAAUGACACUUUCUCUUGUGGGAAAUAUCAGGAAGCCUACGAUAUCUAUACUGAAGCAUUAACUAUUGAUGCCCACAAUAAUUCAACAAACGCUAAACUUUACUACAACAGAGCACUAGUCGGUUCAAAGGUAUAUUUCUGAAACCUUGUUAAUAAGUAUAUAUAUACAUCAGAGGCACCUCUAAACCUAUUGCACGUAUAUUACAAUCUUACAAUGUACGUGUUGCACACAAACCAAUAACCGCUUUGCGGCGACUGCUUACUAAUGGCAAGGACAAAUACAAACCGGAGGACAGACAGGGAGCAGUAUACAAGAUCAAAUGCUGCGACUGCCAGGCUUCUUACAUUGGUGAAACCGGCAGAAACCUAAACACGCGACUGACCGAACACAAUCGAGCGACGAGGAAUGGUGACGUCAACAAUAACAUUGCUGAGCACCAUUUAAAGACGAAACAUCAAAUUGACUGGGAUUCUGCGACAUGUAUAACGUAUUCUACAGACCACUAUCAACGUCUUACUUUAGAAAGCUGGUUUACUAACUAAGAACAAACGCCACUGAAUCGUAGCCAACAUUUACCAGCGCCGUACAAACUACUUAUUGACAAGAUCAAGCAAAACUAACUACGAGAGAGCGACUGGAGAACUGACAAUUUGACUAACAAUAGACGACUGUUUAACUGUGACAAUAGACGGAUCGAAACGCACCAAUUACUGAUUACGAGUCUUCAUAGCCAAUAACAUCAAGGCUUAAUGCAUCAGUCAAUUCCACCUGCGCCCAGGCCCCCGGGCUGACCCCCGGGAAUUAGCAUUUUUUUGCCUUGGAUGGCAAAUUCCCGUGGGUGGGGACUCUUGAGCUGGCAAAUCCCCCGGGGUGAGGACGAAAAAAGAGGGCAAAUGCCCCGUCCUCCGUCAACAGUGCAACAUUUUUUAUUGAUCGCACAGUCCAAUAGUGCCAUUUUAAUGUGCGAUUUUUUGUUUCAAUUAACGUCUUCCUUUGUAACAGCGCUAGGAUUAUAAUCAAGACUUCACGUCGCGACGACAUGCACCAGUUUAUGGUUUUAGUAUUGACAUAAAAGUACUGACAUUAAAAUUAACAGAGCGCUGUAAAGUUAUUUGUUAUGAAUAGUUUUAUAAAUAUGAAAGGGUGUUCUUCAAAUAAUAUCAACAGAAAGUUGAUUCAAUAACCAAAAAACGUUGAUUCACAUCGAUAGCUCCAAUUUCGCUAUGUAAUUCUGGCUUGAUAAGCAAUGAAGAAAUGCAUACAUGCAUGUAUAAUCGUGAACAUGCCUUUACAACCCUCUACAAUUUAUUCCUGUCCUUGACAGAUGAGCCAAUCUGCUUUUUUUUUCCAGUAAAACCUUCUGUGUAGUUAUAUUCAGAUAGGAAACCGCGCGCGUGUCAAAAGUUCGGGAAUGGCCCGGCGGUUGGCAAAUGCCCGGCCCCCGGGCAGUGCAAAAUUUGCAAAUGCCCCACCGCCGGGACUGACAAGGCGGGUAAAUGCCCCGCAGUAGCCCGGGGGGGCUGGGCGCAGGUGGAAUUGACUGAUGCAUAACUGACAGACGACCAAUAACAUCGCGACGUAAUUGACCAAUAAUCAGACCAAUAACCAGAGUAUAAUACCAUCAACUGACGUGAUACAACUCACUUUGACUCAAAACGUCAGUCACUGUCAGCAACAACAGUCCUAUUCAGGACUACGUUCACCCAGACGAUCGAACUCAAGCUAUUUUUGAAAUGACUCCUGGGUUCAAACCUUUCACAAAUAUAUAUUUAACAAUUAUUUCACGAGUGCGCUUUGGAUAUGAGAUAGUAGAUAGCCAACGAGGCGCUACUCGCCUCGUUGGCUAUAAUCAUCUCCUAUCCAACAAGCACGAGUGGAAUAAUUGUUUUAUCAAAAACGCCCACAAAGUAUCGAGAAUUCUCUCCGACUUAUUUGUAAAAACAACCGAUUUUCAGCUGAUUUUUAAUUUUGAGCAGACGCGUGCAGCUGAAUAACAGACAGCAGUGUCACUUUCUGGCAAAAAGAAAAUUACAUCAUCCUUCUUACAAUUUUUUAUAGAAACUUUUCUCAAAAGAGAAUUUAAAAAAUCAUGGACUUUCGGUGACAAGGCUUCUUUACUCAGUCUACGUCACGUCAACUCAUCCUUUGCUUUAGUUUCUGGCCCUUGGUUUUAGGAAACGGAUUAAAUUGGAACAAGACGCUGUGUGAGCGUAUAUUUGGGCGUGGUCGUACUACGGGUAUGAUACUUUGAACGUGCCUUAUUGCAGCUAAAGAACUGUCAUCAUCUCUUACCAGAGAAGACAAAUCCUUUACUCCACUUGUUUGCUGAACCACACAACUAAUACAGUAUGUCCCAAUCCACAACAAAAAUAGUGUCAUUUCACGACAGUGUUUGAAAAUAUACACAUCUUCAAUGCAGACAUGCUUGGAGCCAAAUUGCAACAUAGGACAUCAGUGUUUACAGCCCGGAGAGUAAGGUUUAUCUCAGCUCCACUGAUACUGACAGAUGUGUUUUCACACCCAUAACUUUGCAUAGUGUAUUCCGGUUACUAACAAGGGCAAAUAAAGUUCCUUAAGUCCAGUAUCCACAAGGAAUAAUAAGACAGUAACACAUUGCAUAAACUGCUAUAGGGCAGCAGUGUUUACAGGAACAUUGGUAACUAUUAACAUUUGAUAUACUACAGUUUUCAACAUUGCUUGAGAAAAGAUGAGGUUCAAAGGCGGCAAUAUGUACACCUUUAAGUUCAUAUAUAUCCUCAUUCCUAUGCAGAGUCUGAAAAUAUUGUACUAAUUUAUGCAUUGAUGGUAUUUCCAACAAUACACAUGUCCCUUCACUAUGACUGUUAUCAUACAUAUCUCUAGCAUGAGAAUCAAAUACAUUAUAUACCCCAGCCUUAGUGCUGUAGAUACCAACACCAAUAAUUGCCACCGUUAAAAUGAAUGAGUUGUAGUUCAGUGCCAAGAGUGUUUGAAAUACUGUAACCUGUGAGUGGCAUAUACAGUGGAGAUGUAUGUUACAAGUAUAACUGUCACUGUAUUCAAGGUGGAAAAAUUGCUCAAACACUGUAACCAUUCCUGGCAAUUCUGUUAACAUUGACAUAGAUUGUCUUGCAAGCAGUGACAGACAAGAAUAUAAUUGAAUACCAACAAUCAUUAUUUGAGUCAUAUCAUCAACUGAAGUCAUCUUUGUUAUCUUACUGUAAAUUAAAGCGCACAGACUCGUUGCGACACAUCGUUGUCCACCAUUUUCCCCAAAUUCUGUAACAUUUCCUUGACAGUAUGGAGUAUUAAUUGUUUUUGUAGCAUCUACAUAAACUGAUGGCCCUGGAUUCUUUUCUAUAUCAAUACAAAGCUUGGAAAUUGGCCAAAAUUAACCCGGUGAUUCAAACUGUUUUAAGCACUAUAAAAUGGAUAAUUACAUGUACAGAGGGGCAAAUUCUUACUUAGAAGCCUAUUUGGAUAUCUCAUUCCACCUAAAUCGCCUGUGCUCUGCUGCUUGGACGACAGAUACACCUUCCCUCGUUUACGAACUAGUUUUGUAGUUGUCCCUUAAGUAAAAACCUCACACUGUUACUGUUACUUCUGUACCUGUUAAAGUGUAAACCUUUUCUACUUUUAACGUAACGAUGAAUUUCAGACGACAGUGGUGUAUUUUUCCGAAUACUCUUCCAUACAAAAAGUGUCACUUUCCGUGUUUUCUGUAACAAAGAUUUUAAUUUGUUCAUUGGUAGUCUGCUAGUGGCAUGACGGUAACCGGUCAUUUUGUUCCAUGGUCAGAUCGUUGACAUCGUUAAUUCCAAGUCAGAUCGUUCCAAUCAAUAGUCAGAUCGUUCCGUAAAAUAGUCAGUUCGUUCCACAAAAAGGUCAGUUCGUUCCACAUAUGAAAAGUCAAGUAAAUCUUUCUAAAUUCGUUGAGUGAACUUUAUCGAGAAGGAAAAGGUUUCGUUCAUACCACAAGCUGAUAAAAUAAUAAUCGAUCCAAAGUCGGUUCGAUCCAUCCUAAAUCGUUUGAAAACAAACAAGAGACGAUUUCAACCAGCCACGGGCUUUAACAUUUAAACCGCUGCUUUGAGAGUUUUGAGCUAAAAUCGAUCGAUAGUUUUGAAAGAUAUAGCACAACAAGUAAAAGAUAUGCCGCUCUGAAGGUACAGUAUUUCGAACUGGGGGGUACUCCCAUACAUUACCCAUACCGCCCAACGGGGUCGUGAUUUUGAAGCUCCUGAUUUAGAACGGGGUAUCCAUUUCAGAGGCGUUUUCUAGAACGGGGUAUAAAAAUUGUGGAUCACGGCUUUAUCUUCUGCUUAAAAUUGUUACUGAUUAUGAAGAAGCAUUUAUUUGAUGUAUAAGUCGAACAAAUAAAGAAAUAUCUUUUUAAAAAACAGGGCUAUUUGAAUUUACAAACUUUCUAGAACGGAGUAUAAAAACCGGCCCAUUUCUAGAACGGGGUAUAAGUUUUAGGGCGAAUACUAGAACGGGUUAUAAAAAAUUGGCCCAUUUCUAGAACGGGGUAUCAAUUUUAGGAAAUUUUUUUUUUAGAAUGGGGUGCCAAUUUGGAGUCCCGGGCGGCACAUACCCACCCAAAAAAUACCCAAGUGCCCCCCCCGGGAUUUCGAAGCACAUGUAACCUAAAUAUUUCUUUGCAGCGGCCGAUUUAUGCAAAUUUUGAAAACAACGCGAGUUUCGAAUUACAAUCUCGAUUUUAUGGUAACUUGUCAUGCCGAAAAUAUAAUGGACUAACCUGGUUUGAACCAAUGAAAUUGUAAGUUCUGUUAUAAAUAAAUUUCCCACGACGAGAUCAACUUCUUUUAUUUCCUCCACAACACAAUUUUCCUUCUGUACAACUAGCUCAUUAGCUUCUGUUGUCGUCACCUCGCUGCCAUCAAAACACUAACACAAAACUUGCUGAUAAAGCAAAAUCCCGACGCACAGCAUCGUAUGAAAAAACACAACACGCAAUACAAAAACAAGUACAUUAACUGUCACCCUGCUAAACAAAAUUGAAAUAAUAGAAAGAAUUGUUGCAGUUAUCACAGUAGUUCCAAAAGAAGCCUCAGUCCGUUUUGGUUUCAAUUGUUGACAAUCGUCUCUUCCUUCAUCGGAACAGAUUUUUAUCACGGGCAACUCGUUGUGCUCCGUAAUGCAUAAAUCAAAAUCACUAUUGUCACAGUGAUAACCAGCUACACAAACCUUGCGACUCUCAAACUUGUUAAACAUUGCUCUGUUAAAACUCAUAUCCAUUUUACACGUACACUCGCGACAUUCCGAUUUGUUAUUACGUCUGUGGGGUCCAUGAGUCUUUCAUGUCAUUGAAUGUCUUGAUCAUUUCCUUUGUUUUUCUUUGAGUUCGCGGACCAGCCCAUUCCGAAAACACUCAGUGUUAUUUUUAUAGUGUGGGCCUACCGCGAACAGUGUGUGCAUUUAACCCGGGAUAACAUAAUUGAACAAUAUAUUAACACGUUCCCCGAAACGCCGCAGCCAAAUCUUAACCAAACUACUUCUCAAUGCUGCUUCGAAAAAUUUCGGAUUAAACGAUAUCCAAAUCGUCCCUCAUUGGAUCAUCCACUCGACCUAACAAAAUCGACCAAUCACAAAAAAUGGACAUAAAAUAAAGAAAACAGCAAAUUCAGAUGACCUCUUAGGAAACAUGCAAUUAAAACUGUCUUUCCAUGAUUGGUGCAUUUCGAUCCUCUCGUUAAAAAAAUGUCAGACGUCAAUCAUCUUAGCGGACCUCUUAGGAAACAAAAGUUUUCUUCAGCGGGUUCAAAAGGUCAUUGUUUAUGAUUUGUGAUUGGUGGAUUUCGAUCCGUUUUUUGUGUUUCUGCGUCUCAAAGUUCGUUGCUUGCGAUGUCAUUGUGACCAAAACCCGACGUUAAUAUUCCAAAUAUUUUUGAUAGAUUUCAUCCCUGGACUUCAGACUUCCAAAUUUCGAUGAGGCAAAAAUACUGAAGAUUCAGAUUAACUUUAGAGAUCGUAAAAGUGCGAUUAAGUGCCAUGUGCAAGCAGAGCUUUCUUUCCGACAUGCCUCGUACCUUGUACAAGACGUUCGCAUGACAGACAUUCGCCUUGCUUCGCUUGUUUACUUGCCUUGUUUACGUUAGCACGUAUUGCGUGCCUAUUGCACAUUUGCGUCAAAACAAGCCGUUUCCAUUACUCUAUUUGGGCCACGCCCAAAUAAUAAUGUGGCGCGUUUAAUUUUGCUGACAUCUUCCUUGGAUCCUUGGAUCUUUACGCUAGGAAAGAACAAAGGAAGCCAGCCCUACUUAAAAUCAUUAAGUAAACGCAUUGAGAAUGUUUCGAAUUGCUCUUUUUUCCGCCCCUUUGUUCAAAUAUUCACCCAUUCUAAGCGACCGGAAUGUGAAGUAAUGAACAUUUUCAGCACUUCCCCUUUUAGACCGUGCCGUUUUUUAUGUAAUGUAGUGUAAAAAACCAUUUGUUUUCUAUUUUCAUGUUUUACAGGCGUUGAUUUAUCUUUGCAUAAACUUGUGUUUCAGCUCAACAGAUUAGAGGAAGCCAUCAACGACUGUACUCAAGCAAUUGAGUUGGACCAUACAUACCUAAAGGCUUACAUCAAACGGGCUCGAUGGUUAGUGGUCCUCCCUUCCUAACAAAAGUGUGUUUAUUAUUAUUUAACUGAUUUCUUUUUGAUCUGGGUAAAUGCAUUAGCGAGCGUUUAAUAAAUGUUCUUUGAGAAAUUGUUACGAUUUUUAUAGAUUACUUAAACUGUUUGAUAGAGACAUAGAUAAUUAAUAACCUUUAUGUUACCUUUAGUUAUUCUGCCAGUACGUAGUAUUUUUAGUGCAAGGCUAAUUGGGCCGAGCUAAAUGCCGUAAAUGAUCAAAUUGGCGCCCCCGUCUCAGUAAUAAACACCCUCUGUCUGAUAGACGCCCACCAUGACAAAUUACUACUUAAUAGCAAAUAGCGAAAAGGAGCAAAAGGGAACAAAAGAGGAGCAAAGUGGAACAUUUUUCAACAAAGGCUUACUGGCAUAAUGGGUUCAAGUUUACUAUUCGCGCCCUAACCUACCCUGGUUUAACUGAAAGUUUGAGGAGACAGACAAGGAAAAAGCAAAUGUGUCUCAGACUGGAAUUUGUUCACAUUAGCCACGAAACAAUUACACAAGAACUUGAAUAGGUCCAGAAACAUUUAUCUUUCUGACCUUCUCGGCGACUUCUUAAAGCAAAACCCGAAGGCUUUCUGUUCACACAUAAAAAAACUAGGAAAAGAGAGCACAGAUAUUCAAGACCUUAAAGUUGGAAAUGAAGUGUUUACUGAGCCGAGUACUAAGGCUUAAGUGCUACACAGCCAGUUCUCCAGUGUUUUUAACAACGAAGGAACAGAGAAUAUCCCAGACCCUGGGAAAAAUUCCUUUUCCGACUAUUGGAACAAUAACUAUCACUGUCUCUGGAAUCGAAAAGCAACUUAGAGGGUUGAAGGCUGACAAAGCUUAUGGCACUGAUGGAGUUCCCCCCUGGUUUUUAAAGCAGAAUAACCAGGAAAUAUCAGAGUUUCUUACUUAUAUCUAUCAAGACUGUAUCAAUACCGGAACUGUGCCCAGCCAAUGGAAACAUGUUCCCAACGUAUGUGCCAUUCACAAGAAAGGAAAGAAAUCGGAUCCGUCAAACUAUAGGCCCGUAUCACUUACUUGCAUCGCUUCAAAAGUACUGUGCAUAGCCAUGUUAUGAAUCACCACUGUCACCUGUCGCAAUAUGGAAUGCUCACUGAUUACCAACAUGGCUUUAGGGCGAAACGAUCAACAGAAACACAUCCCGUAUGUACCAUUCAUGACAUAGCGAGUACUAUUCAGUCUAACAAAACAAUUCACGCCGCAAUCGUUGACUUUUCAAAAGCGUUUGACAAAGUUCCUCGUCGUCGUCUUUUGACGAAACUUGAGUAUUACGGAAUUCGUGGCUCACUACUAAACUGGUUCGAAUCGUUUCUAUCACAGCGCACCCAAUCAGUACUAAUUGAGGGGGCAUCAUCUGCUCCUGUAGCCACGACAUCCGGACGGUCCUAGGACCGUUACUGUUCUCAAUAGAUAUAACUGAUUUACCUAAUGGUCUUAACGCUACCGUUAGACUUUUUGCUGAUGAUGCAUUGUCAUAUGGAAUAAUCUGUUGUGAUGAAGAUGCAGCUGAUCUUCAAGAUAAUAUAACAUAACAUAACAUAAAACUUUAUUUAUACUCGAAUUUUAGAGUAGCUAACAAGCUAAUAUCUUCGAGCUGACACUACAUGAAAAUAAUAUAGAAAUAUAUAUAUACAUUCAAUGCAUUAUAAGUAAUAAUAAUAAAAUAAUAUCAAUAAUAAUAAGCACAUAAAAAAAAGAAAAAAGAAAAUAUUAUUUACAAUUCACAAUUUUAAGUUUAAGUAUGUUAGGCGAAAAGAAUCUACAUGAAGGUAACAUCCUCUAUUUGGUCUUAAAGUCUGCAAAAAACUGGUACGAAAAAAGUCCGGCAGUGCAUUCCACUGCUUAGCUGAAAAGUAAGAAAAGGAGUUAAGACCAUAGGUAGUUGUUUUAGGUUUACUUAGUGAAAGAAUGUAGUUGCCACGAAGAUCAUAGGAAGAGGACCGGAGUGAAAACAUAUUCCUCAUAUAAGCAGGAAAAUGAGUGAAAAACAAACUCUUAUAUAACAGAAUGAGGAAAUGAGGAAAGGAAUGAGGAAUCAGGGAAGAUGAUAUAUCAAGAGAGAAUGAGCUAGGAGAGCGAAUCCCUGUGCGCCAUGAUCAUUUUUUAAAUCUAUUUAAAGUUCGCGCGCGUGCUGCGAAGGUUAUUUUUGUCUGUUGUUUCCGUGACCCGCGUGGUCUACUUUCGCAAGAACGUGACAUGUUUCGCCGCCAAACAUUUGACGUUUGACAGCCAUUACAGUAAUUAGCGCGAGGCGCCGAUACUAAUCGGCUCCUGUUGUUGACAUGUUUUUGAUCAGCGCGUUCCGCUCAUAAUUAAGGAAUGAAUUUCAUUUACAAAGGGAUUGCAGUAUUGGAGUCAGAUGUGCCUGGAUGUCGCCGGAAGAGACAGUUGUCGUUUUUAUACAAUAGGUUGUUGGUUGUUUAUAUAUUGAUGUAGCGAAGACCCCAAUGCAUGAGCAGUUUUCGCCCAGUCGGAACCGCUUUCUCUGGCGAACUCCCAGAAGCCAGGACCGUUUUGCUCUUCGGCAACUACUCUGGCCAGAUUAUUCCACGUAGAAAUCGUUUGACUCUUCGUCGAAAGUAAUGCCAAGUUUGCACGUCAGAUCGCUUGCUGUGCGUGAUCGGUAGUGAAAUGAAUUACCCGCCAAGUUUAAAAUUACAUGAUGCCACUCUAACUGACCAAUAAGGUGGCGUCCUUAAAAUAACCGCGCAGUAUGACACAGAACCAAGAAUAGAUUGAAAAUAAUUUUCACGGGAAGAGGGUCAUGUAUGGGGCAUUCGCUCUCUUAGAUCAUUCCCUCUUGGAUAUAUAUAGAUUAGAAGCUUGGCAACAAAAGCGGAAGAUUGGAAUUCAAUCCUUCAAAGUGUAAGAUCAUGUGCUCUACAACCAAGAGAUAUCAACCAAAGCGGGAAUACGUACUUUGUGGAGAAAUUCUAGAAGAAGUGGUUUCUCACCCUUAUGUGGGAGUAGGGCUUGGUAACAAAAUAAGGUGGUCCUCACACAUCGAGGUAAUCUCAUCAAGGGCAAAUAAUGUCUUAGGACUUAUUAAACACAAUCUGUGAAAGAAACCGCAUACACGACACUUGUGAGACCAAAGCUCCAGUAUGCCUGUAGUGCAUGGGACCCGCACUACCAGAAAGAUAAAGCCGUAAUAGAAGGGGUUUAACGAAAAGCGGCUCGCCUUGUCACGGGAAAUUAUGAUCGAACAGCGAGCGUGACGGGAAUGCUGCAAGAUUUAAAGUGGGACACGCUUGAAACAAUGAUAAUACACAUAAGGCUGUCCGUCAUGUAUAAGAUGGGAAAUGGGAGGACUAUUUGAUUCCAAAUAGAGAACGGGGAACACGAGGAAGCCAUGAUUUUAAGUGUAUUGUACCGAAAGAACACAAGGAUAUUUUUAGAUUUUCUUUCUUUCCCAGGACAGUAACUGAAAAGCCAAUCUCUGUCUUUAUUUAAAAGUUAACUCCUUUAACUCUUUUUAUUAGCAGUUAAUAUUUGUUUUAUUUGUAGUUUUAGCUUUUAUUACCAUUUGUUUUGUCUUGGAGUGUUUUAGAUGUGAUGUCCCCUGGAUAUUGCCGACAAAACAAUAUUUAGAUUUAUAUUUAGAAUCGUUCAAUUUCUGCAGUUUCUUUAGCCUGAACACGAGAACUGACAUCGAAGUUGAGAUAUGAAAGAGCGAUGUGGAUCUCUAGACGACCUAGAAGUAUCAAUGGAUCGACUUGAUAUUAUGCCAUUUGUAAACUAUUUUGAUAUUUUUUGCGAGAAAGCAUAUAGUGUUGUUGAGCUUGUUACAACUAUGAAAAUAAACGCCUUGUAUCUAUUAAACGCCCCCUCUGGGCGUCUAUUAGAUGGUUUACGGUAACUGAAACAAACAAUUGUGAAACAUAACAGGGUUAAGAAUCCCAACUGUGCGGAAUUUUGAGGCCUCUUGUCUGCAAGUCCAACACUCUAACUACUCGGCCAUGCUGCCUCCUCUUACACUUGGUUUUUAGACUGUAAGGUUUUCAAAAAAUCAGGCUCCUAUGGUCAGUUUCGUAAUGACAGCAGAAAGAAGGUGGAUCUCUCGAAUUAUAGGCUGUACGUCAAUUUAUGCUUAAUUAUGACUCAAAGCGGGAAGAUAAAUUCUUACCUCUGUGCCAAAAUGGGAAAUCGCCUGAUAUAUUUUUUGGUUAAAGAUCCCUAUAUUGUGUCUCCUCCAUCCAUCUGAUUUCGGUAGAAAACAUAACUGUCUUCCCUCUAAUCCAAAUCCGACAAUCUGGUCCAGAGCAAUGUGUGCUGUUUAAAUUUUAAUAAAUCUGCAUAUGUGUUUUCCAGGUUUGAGCUACUCGCCUGUAAUAUGACUAUGUUCGUUUAUUCCUUUUAAGUUACAUGGAAGCAGAAAAAUACGAAGAAGCUGUAAGAGAUUGUGAAAAAGUUUGUAAAAUGGACCGAUCUCGAGGUGAGGAGGCUAAAACCAUGGUGUUAUCCUGCGACAGAAGCAUAGGAGGAACGUCUGCGCCUCAGCGACAGAAAUUUCAUACUGAUGAAGCAGUUCAAUGUUUACAUAAUAAAUCCGGUAGUCAUGGGGUUCCAAAAGUACAUUUGCUUAAUUUUAUGUUUCUCCUGGUCGAGUAUGGUAAAGUUUUGUGUUCUACUGCGAAUGAGCUCCAGCAUGCUUCCUCUAGAGAAGAAUAUAUUCCACGAAUAUUGACUGUUUUGCUAUAGAUUCAUCGCGUUUACAUUUGACCUUUGUGGCCUUUUGUCUUUUGUCUGUCAUUCGUAAACAAUAGGUAAAACAAUAUAACUACUAUGUCGACCAAUCAGAGCUCCCGACCAGAUUCCGGACAGAUUUUACGUCAUCAGUAUGGAAUUUCUGUCGCUGAGGUGCAGACGUUCCAGCAAGAAGCAUAGGAGCAAGGAGAAACGGCUGUAUUCGCAGGCUACCAUUCUGUUAACUGUGGCGCUUCAAGCUUGUUACAUAUUCUGAAACAUUUUAGCGGUAAAAAAGACCUGAACAUAUCGAGACCAUCUUUCGCUACCAUUUCGGGGACAACUCCAACGCAGUCAAACGUCUAAGGCGUCCUUCUGCAGCUCUGUUGUUGUGUUAGGAAUUUCAUUUGCAAGUGAACGCGCGAGGAAUGAUACGUAAAAUGAUUAGUUAACUUAACGGUUUUUUUUUCUUUUUUCUCAAAAAUUAUAUGGAUUUUUCUCGUUGAAAACCCUUCUCGCUCGAUUAAAAAUUAUGCUGCCAAAUGGCGCCGACGAUAACAUUAGUUUCAGCAAUCAGUUUUUUAAAACCUUUAUGGUAAACUUUUGAAAUGUUUAGUGAAUUGGUAGCGUACUGAUAAUAUCAAAAACUUUCCAAAACGGUGAAAGUAGAGAACCUAGCUUGAAGUAUCUUGCUAAGGUUUUGAAAAGUUCCCUCGUUUGAUGCAAAGAUGUCAUAUUAGUAAUUAAGUAAUAGUACGUGAGUAAUCCAGUUUAAUCAAGGCAGGAAAUGUGAUGUUGGCAUGCUUUUGCUUCUUCAGGUAUGCUUCAAAUAAAUUUAUCUUUUUUUUCAGAGCAUCGACGAAUGCUAGAAGAGGCGAAAUUGGAACUGAAAAAGAGCAAAAGAAAAGAUUACUAUAAAAUUCUAGGGAUUUCCAAGGGGGCAACAGAGGAAGAAAUUAAAAAGGCGUACAAAAAAGAAGCACUAAAACAUCAUCCAGGUGAGAGCUAGCGCAACGGGGCAAAGUGUUUCAAGAGCAUUAUAAGGCAGUGCUAGCAAGGCUAUGACCAACGUUUUUAAGGGAGACUAUUCAGUGAAGAAAGUAAUGUUAAUGAGUCUAUAUCAUGUGAAGUGGGAUAGAAUAGGCUCCGCGAUGUCGCUUUUUGGAAGAUAUUAUAUGUAUGUUAUCGUUAUUUUCCGCUUUGAACACAUUGAUGUGCUUGUACAGUUCGGAGGUCUUGUGGUGAAUAGGUUGCCUCCUCUUGAAACCCAUAUUUUCUUGUGAUUCACUUUUCUUUAGUCGAUAACUCUUUCUCUCAGGGUGAUUACCCUAGGCUGUCUAAUAGCUUGUUGGCUCAAAUCAGGACUUUCGAUUCUCGCCUUCUUAAUACAGUUGAAACCAAGAUGGCUGCUCGUCGAUCACUCGCUUUUCAACAUCAAGUUGUUUUCAUUUGCAUCAAAUUCUUUAGCGUGUCGCUAUCAUUAAAAUAUCUGUACACGUUCAAGAGUUGCAUUUGUUGCAGUGCAUCUUGAAAACAGUAACUGACUUACGCCUCACGCUGCUGUUCUGAUAAUUCUGAGGGACCUUUAGAUUGGACUAUGAGUACAAGCCUACUGUUUACAAACUUCUAAUUCGUGUACCUUAGUUAAUUACUUAUCAUGUCAAUCUUCAAGUCAAUCUUCAAGUCGUACUCAUAAUCAAAUGUAAGGAAGCAAGGAUUGGCACAAUCGGGUAGUGCACGGCCUUCCGUGCGAGAGUUGCCGAUUUCAGUUCCCAGGUGUGACCUCAAAUCAACUUCUUUCCUUUUUGCGUAGCUUUAAAUUACUUUAAAUACCCGUAAAACGGGUAUUUAAAGGCAACGCAGAAAGGAAAAAGGAAACGCAAAUAUGCGGGGAGGAGCUGAUUACACUGAAGACCGUUGUUAGUGUUCAGCACUUUAAAACACGUCAAACGAUAACUGCUUCUGGUUCGAACGCCCUUUCAAAUAUCAAAAUUGUUUAAUACUCUACUGGUCGCUAGGCUGCGAGAGAACUUGCUCGCACGCUAACUGGUUGCAUAUGAUAACUUUUUCAGAUCGUCACUCUGGUGCGACAGAUGAAGUGAAAAAAAGUGAAGAACUGUUGUUUAAAGAGGUCUGUUUGUUUUACUGUUGUAGACAGCAUUCUUUUAAUAUGCUUAUGUAUUCUGCCAACUUAGCCAUAUAUCUUUGUGUUUUAGGAGUCCUAAGGAUCAAAAGGUGUGGUUGAUUUUCAGACCUUGUCCUGUAAUUCAUCUUUGAUUUGGUGGCUAAUAAUUUUAAGUCUUCCCUUGCACGCAUAUUACAGUAAUUUACAUAUGGUUAUGAGUCAGGGCAUACAGUUGACUCCCGAUAACUCGAACCCUCGCGAACUCGAACCUCGCGCUAACUCGAAGUCAUUUUUGUUUCGUUUCAGAUCAUUUCUAUGUAAAUUUACCCUCGAUAACUGGAACCAUGUUGUAAUUGAACCGUGGCAAUGUUUUGUCUUUACUUUUUUGUCCUUCCAGUUCAAAUUCCGUGUCCAUUCCUGUAUACUUGGUCGCUUAAUUGCAUUCCCCCCCCCCCAUCCAUUCGCUUAUUUUGUUAUUUCAGGUUAUUUGCUUCAAACUCCCGAUAACUCGAACACUUUUCGAUUUCCCUAGAAGGUUCGAGUUAUCGGGCGUCCAUUGUACUUUAAUAAAGUAAGAAGCUUGGGGAAGAUAUGCUGUUAUCAGGCUGUACUGGGACUUCCCGAGGCGAAACGCUUGCUGUUGUUUUCGUAACGUAUCGACAGCCAUAUGACUUUCUUUACUCUCUCUCUCUCUCUCUCUCUCUCUCUGUUUUGGUUUGAGGGAGGUGACGGGAAAACUCAAAAACGUAAAAAGCUAUAAAUAAGAACUGUAGUGGCCCGGGCGUAAUGGUCCUAACGGGACGCGUACUCUUUCCAUGACACAAAAUUUACAUGCAACUGAUUCAAAAGAAAACAAGAACGCGCUUACAGCGGUUGUCCGUCUCGCUUGCUUGGAGAUUAAAUCCUGAAAUGAGGAGGCGAUUAAUUCUACACGAAAGAGGAUUUACUCGCUAAAGGUUUUUUUUACGUCUUACUUGAUCGACGUCAAUACUUCUUAUUUGUUUCUGAACUGAUUUAGUACGCUUGUUAGCGACGACCGGAAAUACGUCUGCGGUCGCAGGCUAUACGCGUGUAUAAAUACACGAUUCCAGAGAAAUUACAUCAUCGCCAAGAUCAAAAAAGUUACUUACAUGACACGAAAAGAAAGAAACUGAAAAGAAACUGAUAGAAGCUUUUGAAUUUUAGAGGCUGACAGUUUUUUUUUAUUAUUGAAAUGAAAUGUUUUUAAUUCGAAUAAAUUUUUCUUAGUUCAAUUAACUCUUUCUAAGCUAAAUUAAGUGCUUUUGAAAUCGACAGGAAUUGUAAAUAGUGUUUUGAAUGAAUAGUUUUUUCUUUUUUUCAAGCGAAUUAAUUGUAAAUAGGAUUUUAAUAGUUAGCAUUGUUGUCAGUUAAAUUUUUUCGCUUACAUGACACUUCAUUUGAGUCAUCGCCGAAAAUAAACCGCAUGCUCAUCACAAGACCAUUUGUAUGCAAUGAAAGGUUACAACAGCCGACCAUCGCAGUUUUGUUAAUUAAGAUUCAUAUUUUAUUUUUCCACCAGUUAGAAGUGUUCACUUGUUCUAAGUAAUCAACGUUUUCAAGCGAUCGAAUUCGUGGACCGACACGUUUCGGAAAAGCUCUCAAUUUAAUCUUUCCUAAGCUUUCUUGGCAAAACAUGCGUGGCUUCGAUCACGCAACGAUUCUUAAUAUUCCCAUCAGGGCGGAUAAAUGUUGGGCGGUGAAACGAGCGCUCCGCUCUUCAUUUAAUGUGUGAUGCGGGGUAGGACUGGCACGAGUGCUCUUUCCGCGCUUCCGGUGCGCUUGAAGGCCGGCGAAAUUUUCCUUUUUGCAAACCGGAAAUCCUAUUUUCUUUCUGUAAUUUCAGGCUACAAUGUUAAAUAGAUAAAUUCGUUUCAUAACAAUAUCAAUAACCAGUUUCAUAUGUUUGUGUCUGUAUGCCUAUAAGUCAAACUUGUUGGUCGUUUAAUGUCAAAAUUUGAGUUUAAUUUGAAAGUGUUGAAUACCUCCUCCUUCCACUAAAUAUCACGGAAUCGUCUUUCGCCGUUUCGUUUGCAAAAGCUUAACACUUCUUAACCUCAAUUUUUACAUAUGUUAAAGGGAGAUAAAUUUUAUAUAACAUAAUAAAAAAAUGGAUUGAUAUAUUUUGAUAUAGUGGCGUUGUACCAGAGAAGUCCCAGUCUACUGCAUCACAUCUUUUUGCUCGGACGCGCUCGUUUCACCGCCCAACCUUUAUCCGCCCUGAUUCCCAGUUUCCACGGUCUCCGCUAGGAACGCCUGGCACAAUGACCCCCAUUUGUGUCCAAAAUACGACGAAAAACGCGUUGCAGAGACUAACAAGGACGAGUUCUGUAAAAGUCUUAGUGGUCUCGUGUUUUAGCAGUGGGACUUGUUUAUUUUUUAGGUAAAUGAAGCGUACAGCGUAUUAUCAGAUCCCAGGAAAAAAGCUCGGUAUGACUCAGGACAAGACCUUGAGGACGGCUUUAUGAACACGGGUUUGUCACAAUUUUAAAUUGUUUAAGUUUUUACUCGCCCGGUGAAGAGUUAGACCCUUCCUUUGCAUAUAUAGAUAAGAGUUAGCAGUUACUGCUGUGUGUGUACGUGUCAUGUUAUCAUCAGUCUUACGGCACGAGAGCUUUUUCUGUUAGUGCGCUUGUGUGUAUUACCUUUGACUGCUGUUGCAUAUAUCUUUCAUAUCUAUUGAUUGUCUCCUUUGUUCUAUCCCACUUAGAUUUUGAUCCAAAUUCAAUAUUUCAAGCAUUCUUCGGAGGCCCGGGAUUCGGCGGGUUCAACUUUGGUGGACCGGGAGGUAUGUUGACGGUACAAUAG